AUGAGAAGUCGAAGCAACUCGGGAGUGAAACUGGACAACUAUGCCCGGAUAGUGCAUCAAACCAUACUACGACAUCAAGUGAGUGUUGUUCAUGUGUUGUCACUUCUGCUAACGCUGUAAUUAUUUAGGGCCAUCCAUUCUGACCUCUAAACUAACUGUCUGUCGCGAUGGGACAUGUCAACUGUUGCACACACCAGCUUGCAGAACAUGCAUGUUUACAUAGUGAGGUCAUUGGUUUUAGCGAAAGCUCACAAAAACGUCCCUUUUGAAACUACGUAUCUCUCUCUCAGUUCAAUUCAAAGUGGCUUUAUUGGCAUGGGAAACGUUUACAUGGCCAAAAGAAGUGAAAUAAACAAACAAAACAUCAACACUAGAACGAUUAGAAUUUGACAGUAAAUAUUGCACUCAAAAAGGCUGAAAAAAAAUAGACAUUUCAAGUGUUAUAUUACUAGCUACAGUGCCUUCAGAAAGUGUUCACACCCCUUGACUUUUUCUAAAUGUUCUUGUGUUAGUCUGAAUUUAAAAUAGAUUAAAUUGAGAUUUUUUGUCACUGGCCUACACAGUACUCCAUAAUGGCAAAGUGGAGAUACAUUUUUCGAAAUUUUAACAGAUAAAAAUGAAAAGUUGAAAUGUCUUGAUUCAAUAAGUAUUCAACCCCUUUUGUUAUGGCAAGCCUAAAUAAGUUCAGGAGUAAAAAUGUGCUUAAUAAGUUGCAUGGAUUCACUCUGUGUACAAUAAUAGUGUUUAACAUGAUUAUUGAAUGACUACCUCAUUUCCCACGGGGGGCCAGUAUAAAAAAAAAAAUGUAUUCACUAACUGUAAGUCGCUCUGGAUAAGAGCGUCUGCUAAAUGACUAAAAUGUAAAUGUAAAUCUCUGUACCCCACACAUACAAUUCUCUGUAAGGUCCCUCAGUCGAGCAGUGAAUGUCAAACACAGAUGCAACUACUAAGACCAGGGAGGUUUUCCAAUGCCUUGUAAAGAUGGACACUUAUUGGUAGAUGGGUUAAAAAAACAACAAAAAAAACAGACUUUGAAUUUAGGGCUGUCCCUGACAACAACAAAAAAAAUUGGUCGACCAAGAGUCGUCUGUUCUUUCGACCAAUCGAUUAGUCAAAAUGUUUAAACGUGUAUUUUUUCCAUAUAUAGACACACCCUAUGUUUGAAUAAAAUCAAAUAUAUGUAGGUUACUGAGCUUGUCUAAAAUGUAAAUGUAAAUGUUGUCUGUUGCUUUAAGCACUGCAAUUAAAAAUUAUACACACAAAUUACUGAAGAGGGCGCCAGAGAUCAAUAUAGCCUCGCCAGAAGAGAAAAACCGGUUCCCUUCUCCCGCUGCUGCUGGCCUUCACAGAUUCUGCCUUUAAGCUCCUGAAGUUGCCUGUAAUAGGUUACACCAGUGGUCAGCAACCUUUUCCAUUUGGAGUGCCAAGUUAUCGUACCAUUUCUACUGAUCUGCUGUGCCAGUUAUGAUUUUUCAUAUGCACAUUUUCGUGGAACAGUUUCAUUUCAUUUAUAAUAAAGUCUUCAUAUCUCAAAAUCAAUGUCAUGUGGUUAAUCAAAAUUCUAUCUAAAUUAAAAUGAUACAAUUCUAAAAGUUACUUCUAUUGCCAACUAUGUAAAAAUAACCUACAUAAAGCCAACAAAUAAAAACAUUGCAGCCUGCAGGUAGAAAAUAUCCUGAUUAAAAAUAAAUAUUGUAUAAAUCACAUUUGCUACGCAUGGCCUGUCUGCAAGGAACUUGAAACAUUGUAUCAACUAUUAACUUGGUCCUCCCUGGAAGCUCCUGCUAGCAAACUUGCAACAUUGUAAAACAUAUUCUGGGCCCUCAGUGUUUCCAGCUCCAAUGAGCUCCGGACAGACACAGCUGUAGGCUAUUUGCACAAGAGAUAAGAAGUAAUCAGGUCUGCCUAUUUUAUGUUUUUUAAGUUUUCACCGGGUCAGAGCAUGACAUUUUUCCCCCUUUCAUGCUGUGGUUAUCGAAAGGGAGAGAGCUGGAAAUAUUUUUCAAAUAGGCUACGUUGAGGAAUUAUUGUAAUUCUCAAUGGAUGUAAAAACAGACUUUGUUUACUUGCUGUUUGAGGUGAAGAAAAAAUUACUUUGAGAAGCUCCACAGUGGUGGUGAGUUAAGACAAUCAGAAAUCGUAUCCAAAUGGGCACAUUUAUAAGCCUACAUUUGUGCGUAGGCCAGGUAGCCUAGGCCUACUUCUAUGUGUAAUCAGGUGCGUGUCCUUACUCAAGAUUGACAGGAGCGCUCCAAACAAAAGACAAUGCUUAAAUUGACGACUCGUUAAUGGAAUGAAAUAAACCAACACUUUUUUUCUCACAAGUGUAGCCUAGGUUGUGGGCUCUACAAACAACGUGUACACUCCUACAAUGACAACGGUAAGGCGGUAAUAAUAAUAAUAAUAAUAAUAUAUUUAAUUCAUUAACAGAAAUUACAGUAACAAAACAAACAUUGUAGAUGAUAAAUGAUGGUAAUUAAGGUAAAUGUACUACUGGGGAUACUGGUGUGCCUCCACAAUGGAUUAGUCCACUGAGACAUGCGUGGAUUAGUCCACUGAGACAGGCGUGAAUCAGACAGGUAUAUUUGCCACUGCUCGACAAAAAAAAAUCUUGGUCGACCAAACAAUCGACCAGUCAACUAAAUGGGGUCAGCCCUAAUUGAAUAUCCCUUUGAGCAGGGUGAAGUUAUUAAUUACUUAUUGGAUGGUGUAUCAAUACACCCUGUCAAUUCAAAGAUACAGGUAUCCUUCCUAACUCAGGAAUUGGUGACUUUAAAACAGUUACAGAGUUUAAUGGCUGUGAUGGGAGAUAACUGAGAAUGGAUCAACAACAUUGUAGUUACACCACAAUACUAACCUAAUUGACAGUGAAAAGAAGGAAGCCUGUAGAGAAUGAACAAAUAUUCCAAAACAUGCUUCCUGUUUGCGACAAGGCACUAAAGUAAUACUGCAAAAAAUUUGGCAAAGCAAUUAACUUUUUGUCCUGAAUACAAAGGGUGUUUCUCAAUAUGUAACUACCGUUCUCCACACUCUCAUGCUUCUCUUGAGUACGUUCUUGUGAGGACGAGAGUGUGGAGAACACAUAAAACAUUACAUUUGAGAAGCACUCCCCCUACUGUAUUAACUCACGCUGCAUCUCCCCAUUCAUUUAACCUUCUUCCAGCCAGGACAAUGGCAACAAUAGACGAAACAAGAUAUACACAAAGCAAAUGUUUUACUUCAUAAUUAUCAGCUAGAUAUAUGUGAAUCGUAAUAACCUAGCUAGCUAGCCAGCUACAGUGAGGGAAAAAAGUAUUUGAUCCCCUGCUGAUUUUGUACGUUUGCCCACUGACAAAGAAAUGAUCAGUCUAUAAUUUUAAUGGUAGGUUUAUUUGAACAGUGAGAGACAGAAUAACAACAAAAAAAUCCAGAAAAACACAUGUAAAAAAUGUUAUAAAUUGAUUUGCAUUUUAAUGAGGGAAAUAAGUAUUUGAUACCCUCUCAAUCAGAAAGAUUUCUGGCUCCCAGGUGUCUUUUAUACAGGUAACGAGCUGAGAUUAGGAGCACACUCUUAAAGGGAGUGCUCCUAAUCUCAGCUUGUUACCUGUAUAAAAGACACCUGUCCACAGAAGCAAUCAAUCAAUCAGAUUUUUUUAUUUAUUUUUAUUUCACCUUUAUUUAACCAGGUAAGCCAGUUGAGAACAAGUUCUCAUUUACAACUGCGACCUGGCCAAGAUAAAGCAAAGUAGUGCAAUAAAAACAACAGAGUUACAUAUGGGGUAAAAAAAAACAUAAAGUCAGAAAAUACAACAGAAAAUAUAUAUACAGUGUGUGCAAAUGUAGCAAGUUAUGGAGGUAAGGCAAUAAAUAGGCUAUAGUGCAGAAUAAUUACAAUAGUAUUAACACUGGAAUGCUAGAUGUGCAAGAGAUUAUGUGCAAAUAGAGAUACUGGGGUGCAAAAGAGCAAAAUAAAUAAUAUAGGGAUGAGGUAGUUGGGUGGGCUAAUUUCGGAUGGGCUGUGUACAGGUGCAGUGAUCGGUAAGGUGCUCUGACAACUGAUGCUUAAAGUUAUUAAGGGAGAUAAGAGUCUCCAGCUUCAGAGAUUUUUGCAAUUCGUUCCAGUCAUUGGCAGCAGAGAACUGGAAGGAAUGGCGGCCAAAGGAGGUGUUGGCUUUGGGAAUGACCAGUGAGAUAUACCUGCUGGAGCGUAGACUACGGGUGGGUGCUGCUAUGGUGACCAAUGAGCUAAGAUAAGGCGGGGAUUUGCCUAGCAGUGAUUUAUAGAUGGCCUGGAGCCAGUGGGUUUGACGACGAACAUGUAGUGAGGACCAGCCAACAAGAGCGUACAGGUCACAGUGGUGGGUAGUGUAUGGGGCUUUGGAGACAAAACGGAUGGCACUGUGAUAGACUACAUCCAAUUUGCUGAGUAGAGUGUUGGAGGCUAUUUUGUAAAUGACAUCGCCGAAGUCAAGGAUCGGUAGGAUAGUCAGUUUUACGAGGGCAUGUUUGGCAGCAUGAGUGAAGGAGGCUUUAUUGCGAAAUAGGAAGCCGAUUCUAGAUUUAACUUUGGAUUGGAGAUUCUUUAUGUGAGUCUGGAAGUUGAGUUUACAGUCUAACCAGACACCUAGGUAUUUGUAGUUGUCCACAUACUCUAGGUCAGACCCGUCGAGAGUGGUGAUUCUAGUCGGGUGGGCGGGUGCCAGCAGCGUUCGAUUGAAAAGCAUGCAUUUAGUUUUACUAGUGUUUAAGAGCAGUUGGAGGCUACUGAAGGAUUGUUGUAUGGCAUUGAAGCUCGUUUGGAGGUUAGUUAACACAGUGUCCAAUGAAGGGCCAGAUGUAUACAAAAUGGUGUCGUCUGCGUAGAGGUGGAUCAGAGAGUCACCAGCAGCAAGAGCGACAUCAUUGAUAUACACGGAGAAAAGUGUCGGCCCAAGAAUUGAACCCUGUGGCACCCCCAUAGAGACUGCCAUAGGUCCAGACAACAGGCCCUCCGAUUUGACACACUGAACUCUAUCUGAGAAGUAGUUGGUGAACCAGGCGAGGCAGUCAUUUGAGAAACCAAGGCCAAAGACCUAAAGAUUCCCAACUCUCCACCAUGGCCAAGACCAAAGAGCUCUCCAAGGAUGUCAGGGACAAGAUUGUAGACCUACACAAGGCUGGAAUGGGCUACAAGACCAUCGCCAAGCAGCUUGGUGAGAAGGUGACAACAGUUGGUGCGAUUAUUCGCAAAUGGAAGAAAGACAAAAUAACUGUCAAUCUCCCUCAGGCUGGGGCUCCAUGCAAGAUCUCACCUCGUGGAGUUGCAAUGAUCAUGAGAACGGUGAGGAAUCAGCCCAGAACUACACGGGAGGAUCUUGUCAUUGAUCUCAAGGCAGCUGGGACCAUAGUCACCAAGAAAACAAUUGGUAACGCACUACGACGUGAAGGACUGAAAUCCUGCAGCGCCCACAAGGUCCCCCUGCUCAAGAAAGCACAUAUACAGGCCCAUCUGAAGUUUGCCAAUGAACAUCUGAAUGAUUCAGAGGAGAACUGGGUGAAAGUGUUGUGGUAGAUGAGACCAAAAUCGAGCUCUUUGGCAUCAACUCAACUCGCCGUGUUUGGAGGAGGAGGAAUGCUGCCUAUGACCCCAAGAACACCAUCCCCACCGUCAAACAUGGAGGUGGAAACAUUAUGCUUUGGGGGUGUUUUUCCGCUAAGGGGACAGGACAACUUCACCGCAUCAAAGGGACGAUGGAUGGGGCCAUGUACCAUCAAAUCUUGGGUGAGAACCUCCUUCCCUCAGCCAGGGCAUUGAAAAUGGGUCGUGGAUGGGUAUUCCAGCAUGACAAUGACCCAAAACACACAGCCAAGACAACAAAGGAGUGGCUCAAGAAGAAGCACAUUAAGGUCCUGGAAUGGCCUAGCCAGUCUCCAGACCUUAAUCCCAUAGAAAAUCUGUGGAGGGAGCUGAAGGUUCGAGUUGCCAAAUGUCAGCCUCGAAACCUUAAUGACUUGGAGAAGAUCUGCCUAGAGGAGUGGAACAAAAUCCCUCCUGAGAUGUGUGCAAACUUGGUGGCCAACUACAAGAAACGUCUGACCUCUGUGAUUGCCAACAAGGGUUUUGCCACCAAGUACAAAGUCAUGUUUUGCAGAGGGGUCAAAUACUUAUUUCCCUCAUUAAAAUGCAAAUCAAUUUAUAACAUUUUUGACAUGCAUUUUUCUGGAUUUUUUGUUGUUAUUCUGUCUCUCACUGUUCAAAUAAACCUACCAUUAAAAGUAUAGACUGAUCAUGUCUUUAUCAGUGGGCAAACAUACAAAAUCAGCAGGGGAUCAAAUACUUUUUUCCCUCACUGUAGUUACAGGCAGAAAUGACCUAAAACUAAUGUUAUGCCAGAUAGAUGUCAAUUCUUCGUGGGUAGCUAGCUAACAAUUAUUUGUGGCCAUCUGGCUAGCUAACAGUAGUAGCUAGCCAGUUAGCCCUAUUGACUUAUUAUAGGCUUGCGAUCUAUGGUGCGUAGGCAGGUAAACAUGCCAAAAUUAACACAGCAUGUAUUUAUUAACGUAUCAAGAUAAAAUAUUGUAGUCAGGCAACAUAUGAGAUGUGAAUAGGCAACAUUUCAUUCCGAAGUGAGUGUAUUUUCUCUUGCUUCAGCUCAAAUAAUGGCCGCCAUUGAUUUCAAGAAAUGUUGUAGUUUCUUACGUGGUUGUGACAUUUCUUUGCAUACUUUUCAUUGAAGCUUUUAUCGAUGCAUGCUUCAAAAUAUGGACAAACGGAGUACACAUUUGAGAAGUCCCCUCCGUGCUCCGUUUCACAUACUUUGAUUUGGACUCAUACGCUGACCCUCCCGUGCUCCAAUUUGCGUGCUCUGAGCACGAUAGUAUGCAUUUUGAGAAACACCCGAAGUGUUAUGUUUGGGGCAAAUUCAACACAUUACGGAGUACCACUCUUCAUAUUUUCAUGCAUAUUGGUGGCUGCAUCAUGUUAUGGGUAUGCUUGUAAUCGUUAAGGACUGGGGAGUUUUUCAGGAUAAAAAAGAAAUGGAAUGGAGCUAAGCACUGGCAAAAUCCUGGAGGAAAAACGGGUUAGGUUUGCUUUCCACCAGACACUGGGAGAUGAAUUCACCUUUCAGCAGGACAAUAACCUAAAACAGAAGGCCAAAUCUACACUGGAGUUGCUUACCAAGAAGACAGUGAAUGUUCCUUGAAAAUCUAUGGCAAGACCUGAAAAUGAUUUUCUAGCAAUGAUCGACAACCAAUUUGACAGAUCUUGAAAUUUUUUGAAAAGAAUGAUGGGCAAAUGUUGCACAAUCCAGGUGUGGAAAGCUCUUAGAGACUUACCCAGAAAGACUCACAGCUAUAAUCACUGCCAAGGGUGCUUCUACUAAAUAUUGACACAACAACAUGUGGAAUAAGUCAAAGGGUAUGAAUACUUUCUGAAGGCACUGUAUGUACAGUGUGUUAGCGAUGAGCAAGUAGUUGUAGUACGAUUAGUAGGGGAAGAUAAAUAAACAGAUAAAUAUUGGUGGUAUUUACAAUGUUAUUUUUGCUCCACUGGUUGCCCUUUUCUCAUGGCAACGGCCAACAAAUCUUGCUGCGGUAUUUCGCCUACAGAUAUGGGAGUUUAUCAAUGUUUGAUUUGUUUUCAAAUUCGUUGUGUGAUCUGUGGGAAAUAUGUAUCGCUAAUGUGGUCAUACAUGUGGGCAGUGUGCACAUUGCCUGUCUUCUCUCGAGAGCCAGGUCUGCCUAUGGUGGCCUCUCUCAAUAGCAAGGCUAUGCACACUGAGUCUGUACAUAGUGAAGGAUUUUCUUAAUUCUGGGUCAUUCACAAUUUGGGUCAUUCACAUUUCCCCCAACACCGCUUUCCAUGAAUUUGUAAAGCAGACCCUCAUGCCAAAUUGAGUCAAAAGCUUUUUUUUUUAAAUCAACAAAGCAUGAGAAGACUUUGCUCUGUCACUCUCUCUCUCUCUCUCACUUAGAAACACACACACACACACACAAACACACAAAUAGGUAUGUAGGGUGGGUAGCACUGCAGUGUGUUGUUGUCUGCAGUGAGGUUGGCUAACUGUCAGAGUAUUUCCUCAUGGCUCAGGCUGCGUCCCAAAUUCCCUGUAUAGUGCACUUUUUUGGCUAACUGUCAGAGUAAUUCCCUGUAUAGUGCACUGUUUUGGCUAACUGUCAGAGUAAUUCCCUGUAUAGUGCACUGUUUUGGCUAACUGUCAGAGUAAUUCCCUGUAUAGGUGCACUGUUUUGGCUAACUGUCAGAGUAAUUCCCUGUAUAGUGCACUGUUUUGGCUAACUGUCAGAGUAAUUCCCUGUAUAGUGCACUGUUUUGGGCUAACUGUCAGAGUAAUUCCCUGUAUAGUGCACUGUUUUGGCUAACUGUCAGAGUAAUUCCCUGUAUAGUGCACUGUUUUGGCUAACUGUCAGAGUAAUUCCCUGUAUAGUGCACUGUUUUGGCUAACUGUCAGAGUAAUUCCCUGUAUAGUGCACUGUUUUGGCUAACUGUCAGAGUAAUUCCCUGUAUAGUGGCACUGUUUUGGCUAACUGUCAGAGUAAUUCCCUGUAUAGUGCACUGUUUUGGGCUAACUGUGCACUGUUUUGGGCUAACUGUCAGAGUAAUUCCCUGUAUAGUGCACUGUUUUGGCUAACUGUCAGAGUAAUUCCCUGUAUAGUGCACUGUUUUGGCUAACUGUCAGAGUAAUUCCCUGUAUAGUGCACUGUUUUGGCUAACUGUCAGAGUAAUUCCCUGUAUAGUGCACUGUUUUGGCUAACUGUCAGAGUAAUUCCCGUAUAGUGCACUGUUUUGGCUAACUGUCAGAGUAAUUCCUUUUAUAGUGCACUGUUUUGGCUAACUGUCAGAGUAAUUCCCUGUAUAGUGCACUGUUUUGGCUAACUGUCAGAGUAAUUCCUGUAUAGUGCACUGUUUUGGCUAACUGUCAGAGUAAUUCCCUGUAUAGUGCACUGUUUUGGCUAACUGUCAGAGUAAUUCCCUGUAUAGUGCACUGUUUGGCUAACUGUCAGAGUAAUUCCUGUAUAGUGCACUGUUUUGGCUAACUGUCAGAGUAAUUCCCUGUAUAGUGCACUGUUUUGGCUAACUGUCAGAGUAAUUCCCUGUAUAGUGCACUGUUUUGGCUAACUGUCAGAGUAAUUCCCUGUAUAGUGCACUGUUUGGCUAACUGUCAGAGUAAUUCCCUGUAUAGUGCACUGUUUUGGCUAACUGUCAGAGUAAUUCCCUGUAUAGUGCACUGUUUUGGCUAACUGUCAGAGUAAUUCCCUGUAUAUGUGGCACUGUUUUGGCUAACUGUCAGAGUAAUUCCUUAGUAGUGCCUGUUAUGGGAUGUCAGGUAAUUCCCUUUAUGUGCACUUGUGGAACAAUACACCUAUAGCACUGUUUUGCUACUUCUGCUAUGUCUCUGUUGUGUCACUUCUCUCUGCUACUUCUGUUGUUCUCUCACUUGUCUUCUGCUCUGUUGUUGGCUACGUCAGUUCCUGUAUUGUGUCAUCUCUGUUUUUCCAGCUGCUUGGGUUGUGCUCUUGGUCUGUACUAGUUUCCUCUCCGUGUCGUUGUACUUUGGCUCUCCUCUGCUCUCUGUUGUCUCUCUGUCUCUCUCUCUGUUGUCUCUCUCGCUGUCUCUGUUGUGUCUCUCUGUCUCUGUCUGUUGUCUCUCUCUCUCUCUGUUGUCUCUCUCGCUCUGUCUCUCUCUCUCUCUCAAUUCAAUUUAAGGGGCUUUAUUGCCAUGGGAAACAUAUGUUUACAUUGCCAAAGCAAGUGAAAUAGAUAAACAAAAGUGAAAUAAACAAUAAAAAGUGAACAGUAAAUAUUACACUCACACAAGUUCCAAAGGAAUAGAGACAUUUCAAAUGUCAUAUUAUGUCUAUAUACAGUGUUGUAAGGAUGUGCAAAUAGUUAAAGUACAAAAGGGAAAAUAAAUAAACAGAUACAUAUAGGUUGUAUUUACAGUGGUGUUUGUAAUUCACUGAUUGCCCUUUUCUUGUGGCAACAGGUCACAUCUUGCUGCUGUGAUUGCACACUGUGGUAUUUCACCCAGUAGAUAUGGGAGUUUUCGAAUUCUUUGUGAGUCUGUGUAAUCUGAGGGAAAUAUGUGUCUCUAAUAUGGUCAUACAUUUGGCAGGAGGUUAGGAAGUGCAGCUCAGUUUCCACCUAAUUUUGAGGGCAGUGUGCACAUAGGCCGACCUGGCUCUCAAGAGAAGACGGGCUAUGGCGACCUUUCUCAAUAGCAAGGCUAUGCUCACUGAGUCUGUACAUAGUCAAAGCUUUCCUUAAUUUUGGGUCAGUCACAGGGGUCAGGUAUAAUGCCGCUGUGUACUCUCUGUUUAGGGCCAAAUAGCAUUCUAGUUUGCUCUGUUCCUUUUCAAUUCUUUCCAAUGUGUCAAGUAAUUCUCUUUUUGUUUUCUCAUGAUUUGUUUGGGUCUAAUUGUGUUGCUGUCCUGGGGCUCUGUGGGGUCUGUUUGUGUUUGUGAACCGAGCCCCAGGACCAGCUUGCUUAGGGGACUCUUCUCCAGGUUCGUCUCUCUGUAGGUGAUGGCUUUGUAAUGGAAGGUUUGGCAAUCACCUCCGUUUAGGUGGUUGUAGAAUUUAACGGCUCUUUUCUGGAUUUUGAUAAUUAGCGGGUAUCGGCUUAAUUCUGCUCUGCAUGCAUUAUUUGGUGUUUUACGUUGUACACAGAGGAUGUUUUUGCAGAAUUCUGCAUGCAGAGUCUCAAUUUGGUGUUUGUCCCAUUUUGUGAAUUCUUCAUUGGUGAGCGGACCCCAGACCUCACAACCAUAAAGGCCAGUGGGUUCUAUAACUGAUUUCAAGUAUUUUUAGCCUCUGUCUCUAUUCUCUCAUGUCUUUGAUAUAUGUUUUAAACACUCUGGCUGGCUAAAUAGUAUUUUCCUCCACUUCUCCUCCUCUCCUCAAUGACAACUGAUAGCUACCUACAACAAACCAAGGCGAUAACUCCAUUACAAUGCAUGGCAUAGUGCACACACACACACACACACACACACACAUACAUACACUCCAAUUAUACAAAGUGGGUACAGGUCUCCAGCAUGACAGGAACAGGAAAUACUAGACUUACUGUAUGGGUGUUGUCAUGACUCCCUCCUUGGUGGGAGUUGCCAGAUUAAAGUGACAGAUAGCUGACAGAUAGCCAGAUCCCCUCCCCCCUCCCCUCUCUCCCAGAGGAGAGGGGGGAGUUGUGCCGGUUUUGACACCUUAACACCCGGUCAUAAAUUGUGUGCCGCAAACGGGUCUUUCUUGCCCUGCAGUAUUGGGAAAAUAAUCUCUUUGUUACAGAGAGAGACUUUUGCCGCCAAAACCUUUUAUGUUAAUAAAAGUGGACAUUGGAACAUUAUUUCUGACAUCCAAAUGUUUGGAAUGGUCAGUGCUGACCUAAAGAAUAAUCAUGUCAUAUUGUUUAUUAUUUUGUGAUGUCAUUAAGGAUGGUAUAAAAAAAUAACUGUACACAUUCUAGUUAUCAAGUUUACAUCUAAAUGUUGGAGAAAAUAUAUUAUUAAGUAUGAGAGUACUUUUUGGAAGAUAGCAAUGUGAUUUUAUUAUUCUAAUGAGAUAAUUGUUUUAUAUAAACUUUUGCCCAGUCAGUAACCACGCCCAAGUGGGCACAGAUAUUGUGUUGGCGUGAUGGAACACCCCCUUUUUACCCGAGUAUAAAAGCCUUGGUAAUGAAAUUUACAAGCAGGCCAGAAAACGUGAGAGUGUUGACUGCACGUUUAAAAUGGUUAGACCAGAAAUACCAGUCGAUUUGAAGCGCGAGCUCACGUUACAAAUGGUUGAACCUCUACAAACCAGCCGACGUGCAGCGGGAGCUGAACGUUACAAACGGUUGAACCUCUACAGACCAGCCGACGUGCAGCGGGAGCUGAACGUUACAAACGGUUGAACCUCUACAGACCAGCCGACGUGCAGCGGGAGCUGAACGUUACAAAUGGUUGAACCUCUACAGACCAGCCGACGUGCAGCGGGAGCUGAACGUUACAAAUGGUUGACACACUAAGAACAGGAAACGUGAGACGUUAGUCCACACGUUUGAAAUGGUGAGAAACUCUGAAACUCUCAAUCUCUACACAAGAAGAAGAAACUCACUAGACCGUAGCGUUACCAGUCUGCAGCUGGCAUGUAAAGUAGACUAGAACUUUCCCUAAAGACACGAGAUCUCAGUCUGCAGCUGGCAUGUAAAGUAGCCUAGAACUUCCACUAAAGACACGAGUUGGGAAGGACAAUCCCAUCUCAGACAGUCGUUGGUGCAUCUGAAGUAUCUGUCAACAGAGAGACGAUGGAGAAGACAUUGCAUUUAUUACCCAAACGGGCGGUGGUUAGGGUGUUAAGUAUUCUGAUUACUGUGAGCGUAGUUUCCGAAUGUUUGUACGAUAAGUUUGACUCUCUUUGUCCCUCUCUCCCUCCUUCUAUUGACCCCUCCCCUUUUUGAUAACCAAGCAGUCGUGCUGCUGUUAGUCUGCUAGGGACUUUUCUCAUGUAUUAAGUAUGUAUGUAUUCUGUGUUAUUAUUUAGUUAGCUAGUAAAUAAAUAAUUAAGCCAAUUUGUGUAUUGCUGACUCGUAAGUAAGGUGAGGAUUCUUGCAGGUUCAAGGAUUAUGCGACGUUCAGAAUGAGACUGAUAUGGGGUAAUGAUUUAAUAAGUGACUAUAAGAUAGAUAUCUUCUAAGAGUUUAAAUCGGGAGAUGGUAACUUGUUAAACAACUUCUUCCGUGGUGCCACAAAUUCCUAAUGAGUUAAUUGUUACAUGAUUAAUUUAACCGGGUAACAAUUAAACAUAGUUGAUUCAAUAAAUAACAGUCAUCACAUUAAUGAAAGUCACGUCACGACAGUGUACACACACACAUAGGGCUGGCACAAUUAUCGUAUAAUCGUGUAACCGAGAAUUAUGGACAAUAACCGUGAACAAAAAAUUAUUGUCAUAAUCAUCUUAAUACAUUCAUUUUAGGAGAAGUGCAAGUAGAUGUAGUUGACCCUUUUUACAUGGUGGGUAAAAUUGCUAAUAAUUUUACAACCCGAACGAACAGCACAGUCGGGAUUGAGAAAUUUCAUUUCCAAAAGUUACAAGUGGUCAAAACCAUUUGUUUUUGAGACUGGGGUGUCACCAAAAUGUGUUGUAUGCAUUAGGUAUGUCCUAACUUUCAAAGAUGCAUUUUUCAGAAAAAAUGACAAUUAUGGCAAUAACCGUGGCCGUUUGCAUGACAAAGAAUUGUUACCCAAAAUUCCAUAAUCAUCACAGCCCCACACACACGCACACUAAUAGAUAUAGCCUAACUGAUAAAGAUGAGAUAUAAUCAUAGUAAAUGCACAUUGUGUCAAAGUGGGGAAGUACUGUAGCACUGCGGUUGUUAAAACCUCACAGAGGAAGACAAAGUACAGUGAGGAAACCUGCCUUCAUGUUGAAACAGACACCAACUGUGGUUACAUGUAAAGUCAGUCUCCUAUCUGUCAGGCUGCAGACAGGUUAACUGUGGAGCACAAAAAAACAACAAGAGAACCGGAUGAGCUUAUUUUUUUUCUCGGAAGUUCACCCUAACAUCCAUCAAAUAGUCCCCAGUGAUCUGUUUGUGACUUGCUUCAAACUAUCACAAAUAGUCAAAAUUCGCAAGUACUUUGUUAACAUUAAAACAUUAUUUUUUAAAGUUUGGAAAGACAUAACGGCCCUUGUGUGCACUGCUGGUUAGGGCUGGGCGAUAUGGCCUAAAAAUCAUAUCUCCAUUUUUUUUUUUUUUACAUAUGGGCAAUUCACAAUAUCUCAUAUCUCGAUUUGAAACAAAAAUGUUUUCUCGAAAUUAGCUUUGUUGUACAAUUUAAACGUAAAAUACACUGCAUUUCAAACAGUCAGCAAUAAUCUAAUGAAUUCAGGGCUUGUAAAAUUAUACCUAGGCUAAAUAUAAGCCUUCCUCAAUCAUAAGACACACUAAUAAUGUAAUUAUUUUAUCAAAAUAAUUAAACCUGCUUUUUUGCAAUAAUCACUGAUCUGGCUUUCAAGCCUGCCUAUAGAAAUGGCAUUUUUGUUACAACUGUAACCAGAACCAUGCAUAAUGCACAUUCACUAAUAAUCACUAACUUCUUGUAGCAGGCAUAACAGAAAAUUAACACUGGUCUCAUCAACAAUCUCUCAAGCACAAUGCUACACGCAACAGAAACUGAGCAUUCAUUUUCCAUCUUUGUUGUUGUGAGUGGCAGGGGGAGGAGCUUGGUAUGUGGAGGAGGGGCUUGGCACGUGGGGGAGGAGCUUGGCACGUGGGGGAGGAGCUUUGUGUGUGUGUGUGUGUGAAUGGGAAGGUGCACAGUCACAGCAGAAGGAGCGACGGAGACGAGACCAAAAAGACAACAUGAGAACAAGUGAUUCUUUCCAUACAUGCAUUUGCAUAUCUUGCUAAAACAUACAUUUGAAAUAAUUCGAUAUAUCGCCCAGCCCUGCUGCUGGUAAUACUGGAUACCCCGGUAUGGUACAGGAACGGUAUGAAGGAAUGAACAUCUGGACACUUCCCAACCCUAAUACACUAUAGGGACCACGCCUAAAAUAUGGCCAUAUCUCAUUGACCUCUCCCCUCUAACCUCUGACCUCUCGCCAAGAUCCUAUAACAGGUCUCCUCCCGGCUAUUGGAGAUCAGCCAGACACCCGACCUUUAACCCCUGACCUCUAACCCUUAAUCCUGACAAUACUUUACUUUCUUUUACUUUCUCCUCUGUAGGACCCUGUCACUAGUCUCCUCCAGGCCAGUGGAGAGCAGCGCUAACAUCUAACCCCUGACCUCUACUCCCAAGGACCCAGUCACAGGUCUCCUCCAGGCCAGUGGAGAGCAGCGCUAACACCUAACGUCUAACCCCUGACCUCUACUCCCAAGGACCCAGUCACAGGUCUCCUCCAGGCCAGUGGAGAGCAACGCUAACACCUAACAUCUAACCCCUGACCUCUACUCCCAAGGACCCAGUCACAGGUCUCCUCCAGGCCAGUGGAGAGCAGCGCUAACACCUAACGUCUAACCCCUGACCUCUACUCCCAAGGACCCAGUCACAGGUCUCCUCCAGGCCAGUGGAGAGCAACGCUAACCCCUAACGUCUAACCCCUGACCUCUCUACUCCCAAGGACCCAGUCACAGGUCUCCUACCAGCCAGUGGAGAGCAGCGCUAACACCUAACGUCUAACCCCUGACCUCUCUCCUCUCUACUCCCAAGGACCCAGUCACAGGUCUCCUCCAGGCCAGUGGAGAGCAGCGCUAACACCUAACGUCUAACCCCUGACCUCUCUACUCCCAAGGACCCAGUCACAGGUCUCCUACCAGCCAGUGGAGAGCAACGCUAACCCCUAACGUCUAACCCCUGACCUCUCUACUCCCAAGGACCCAGUCACAGGUCUCCUACCAGCCAGUGGAGAGCAGCGCUAACCCCUAACGUCUAACCCCUGACCUCUACUCCCAAGGACCCAGUCACAGGUCUCCUACCAGCCAGUGGAGAGCAACGCUAACCCCUAACGUCUAACCCCUGACCUCUCUCCUCUCUCCUCCCCAGGACCCAGUCACAGGUCUCCUACCAGCCAGUGGAGAUCAGCCUGAUGCCUGGGUGAGAGACAACGUGUACAGUAUCCUGUCUGUCUGGGCUCUCAGUCUGGCCUACAGGAAGAAUGCAGACAGAGAUGAAGACAAGGCUAAGGCCUAUGAACUGGAACAGGUACACUGUGUGUGUGUGUGUGUGUGUUGAACUGGAAUAGGUACACUGUAGGUGUGGGUGUGUGUGUGUGUGUGUGUGUGCGCGUAUGGGAUGAGCACGUCGUCUACUGAUUGAGAGUGGUGUGUGUGUGUUUGUGUCCCAGGCUGUGAAGCCUUAGAAGUCUUGUGUUUCUCUUCCUGGCCAGCGAGAAAAGGGGAUGAAAAGGUCAUAGUUGAAUCUGUCUGUUUAUGUUAAUCCUCUGGUCUGUUUGCCUGCGAUUGUGAGGUGUAUGGCUGCUUGUUGAAUUGAUAUGAAUCGAGAGGAUAUAGAGAAGAGUACAGAGCUGAGAGAGAGAGCGAAGACACAAGUCUAUCUCUCAACCCUACCCCCCCCUCCUGCUCAUUUCUCUCCUCUCAUCCUUUUCUUCUCUAUCCCCUCUCUCGUUCUCUCUCUCUCUCUUCCUGGUUCUCUCUUAUUCGCUCUCUCUCACUCUAUCUUCCUCCCACUCUUGAUCUAUUUUCUCCUUUCCUCUACUCUUCAUCUCUCUAAUUGUGAAUUCGGUUUUCAUGUAUAAUGAGCAGUAGGACAGUUCUCUGAGUUAAUCUUCUCUUCCAAAAUCCCGUAAACCUGUCUUUCCUUGAUACCUCUCUGCUUCUAUCCAUGUUCCUCUCUUCUCCUUCUUCUCUCUGUUCAUCUCUCUUCCUUUCUCUCUUUCUCUGUCUGUCUCUCUCGGUCUCUCUCCUCUCUUCUUGCUCUCUGCUAUCGUUUCGAUUGCUUCUCUCUUCUUCUCUCUCUCUCUCUCUGUCUGUCUCUCCUGUUCUCUGUCUCUGUCCUGUUCUGCUCUCUGUCUCUUCUCUGUCUCUGUCUCUCUCUAUGUUCUCUCUAGUUCUGUAUCUCUGUCUCUAUCCUGUCUCUUCUCGCUCUAUGUCUCUCCUCUGCAUCUCUCUCCUGCCUCUUCUCUGCCUCCUCUCUCUCUCUCUCUCUCUUCUCUCAUCCUCUCUGUUCUCUCUCUCUUCUACUACUCUCUCUCUCUCUCUCUCUCUCAGCUGGACAAGGUGGAGAAGUUUAAGUACAGUAAGAGCACCAUGGACUGCCUCCAUGCUAAGUACAACACCAGGACCUGUGCUGCUGUGGUGGAGGACGAUCAGUGGGGACACCUCCAAGUGGACGCUACCUCUCUGUUCCUGCUGUUCCUCGCCCAGAUGACUGCCUCAGGUAGAGGGGACACUCUAGGAAGCUUUAUAAAGUCUUCAUAUGUUUGUCUUCUAGGACUGGGGGGGUGGGGGGGGGGGGGGGGUAUAUGAUCAACUUCCACAACUCACUUAGGCCCCACGUUUUUGAGUCUCCAGUUGUUGCAGUAACUAGAACUCUUAUCAGAUGUUUUUUUGUGUGUUUUUUUUACAUUGUUUACAAUUCUUGGAACUCGUAUUUACCCAUGUUUCAUGUGUCUGUCCUGCAGGACUCCAUAUCGUCUACACUCAGGAUGAGGUGGAUGUGGUACAGAAUCUCAUGUUUUACAUCGAGGCAGCUUACAAAGUGGCUGUAAGUUUCUGUUGAAAUUCAAAGACGUGAAUAAGCGAACCGUGGAUGUUGUAGCAUCUAUGUAGUGCUAAUAUAGACAUUAUGAAUGCUCUAUACCAGCCAUUCUUAAAGUACGGGUCAACAUAUGGGAGUACUAUCUCUCAUAGUAGUAGAUGUGAGUUUCUCUUUCAAACAAUUCCCUUGUACACAGAUAUAAUAGCUAGAAAGCUAACGUUAGCCAAAACAAACUAGCUAGCUACUGAUAGUGCAACCAUAAGUAACAGUACAUAUGAAGAUGAAAAAUUAUCAGCCUAUUGUACAUCUUACUGUAGAUAUGAUUGUUGAAAACAAGUCUAGGUUGGAACUGUUGCUGUUAAAAUACAAGUAAUAAUUUUUAUUCUGAACUGGAAUAAACUGAUUGAAGCAAGAUGCUUUUUGAGGCAAACCCACUCACACAGUUCUGGGUUGCUCAUCUACAGCAGGAAGCGGUCUCCUGCCUGGCUGAGAAAGCAGUAGAUGUUCUGAUCCAGUUUGGCACCACAUACCUAUGCCAGUCAGGGUUCUCAACUCUGGUGUACUUAAAAAAACAAGUACAGAAACAGACUCCAUGCUGAGCAUGACCUCAGGGUUGCACUGUCAAAAACGGAGCUCAGAAUAGACAUGCUUGUUGAAGCUUCAACCAGCCACACACCUCUCAUUAGGACUGUGUGUGUGUUUUCUGGUCUACAUCUGUGUGAUGUGAUCAAUCAGUUUAUUCUAGUUCAGAAUGAAAAUGAUUUAUUGUAUUUUAACAUCAACAGUUCCAACCUAGACAGAUAUGUAAAAGUGUUUUUAAUGGGGAAAAAUGAACAUGAAUAUACACUACCGUUCAAAAGUUUGGGGUCACUUAGAAAUGUCCUUGUUUUCGAAAGAAAAGCAAGUGUGUUCCAAUGGCACGUUGUUUGCUAAUCCAAGUUUAUCAUUUUAAAAGGCUAAUUGAUCAUUAGAAAACCCUUUUGCAAUUAUGUUAGCACAGCUGAAAACUGUUGUGCUGAUUAAAGAAGCAAUAAAACUGGCCUUCUUGAGACUAGUUGAGUAUCUGGAGCAUCAGCAAUUGUGGGUUCGAUUACAGGCUCAAAAUGGCCAGAAACAAAUAACUUUCUUCUGAAACUCAUCAGUCUAUUCUUGUUCUGAGAAAUGAAGGCUAUUCCAUGCGAUAAAUUGCCAAGAAACUGAAGAUCUCGUACAACGUUGUGUACUACUCCCUUCACAGAACAGAGCAAACUGGCUCUAACCAGAAUAGAAAGAGGAGUGGGAGGCCCCGGUGCAAAAUUGAGCAAGAGGACAAAUACAUUAGUGUCUAGUUUGAGAAACAGACACCUCACAGGUCCUCAACUGGCAGCUUCAUUAAAUAGUACCCGCAAAACACCAGUCUCAACGGCAACAGUGAAGAGGCGACUCCGGGAUGCUGACCUUCUAGGCAGAGUUGCAAAGAAAAAGCAAUAUCUCAGACUGGCCAAUAAAAAUAAAAGAUUAAGAUGGGCAGUCUGAGAUAUGGCUUUUUCUGGGUCCCAGGCUGAAAAAGCUUUAAGAACCCCUGCGCUAUAGAAGCUCUAUAAUGUAUUUAAGUGGUUGGUUAUUUAAUUUAAAAUGGGACACUUCUGUUUAAUCACUCUGCUACUUACAGUGGUUAUGAACACUUUAUGAAUGCUCUACCAAGCUCUAUAAAUACUUUAUGAAUCCUUUAUGAACUAUACUCUACUCUUUCAGGAUUACGGGAUGUGGGAGAGAGGAGACAAGACGAACCAGGGGAUCCCUGAGCUCAACGCUAGCUCUAUCGGCAUGGCUAAAGUGAGAAUGCACACGCACACACACACACAGGGAGGAGAAGUUAUGAUUAAGGUCAUAAUUCCUUGUGUCGUAUUGUGGUCUGUAUGGGAAGGCCUAUAAAAAUGAUUGACACUGCCCUGAAAGCCUGCCACCAACAGACAACCUUUUAUCAAGCUGUGAUCGAAAGAGUGAAGCAACAAAAAACACGCACACACACGCACACACACACAUAUUUUACACCCCUCUGCCCCCCCUCUCUAUUUUACACCCCUCUGCCCCCCCCCCUCUCUAUUUUACACCCCUCUGCCCCCCUCCCCCCCCCCCUCUAUUUACCCCUCUGCCCCCCCCCUCUCUAUUUUACACCCCCUCUGCCCCACCCUAUUUUUUACACCCUUGCUCCCCCCUCUCUAUUAUUUACACCCCUCUGCCCCCCCUCCUCUAUUUUACACCCCUCUGCCCCCCCCCUCUCUAUUUUACACCCCUCUGCCCCCCUCUCUAUUUUACACCCCUCUGCCCCCCCCUCUCUAUUUUACACCCCUCUGCGCCCCCCCUCUCUCAUUUUACACCCUCUUGCCCCCCCUCCUUUUUACACCCCUCUGCCCCCCCCUCUCUAUUUUACACCCCUCUGCCCCCCCCCUCUCUAUUUACACCCCUCUGCCCCCCCCCUCUCUAUUUUACACCCCUCUGCUCCCCCCUCUCUAUUUUACACCCCUCUGCUCCCCCCUCUCUAUUUUACACCCCUCUGCUCCCCCCUCUCUAUUUUACACCCCUCUGCCCCCCCCUCUCUAUUUUACACCCCUCUGCCCCCCCUCUCUAUUUUACACCCCUCUGCCCCCCUCUCUCUAUUUUACACCCCUCUGCCCCCCCCCCCCUCUCUAUUUUACACCCCUCUGCCCCCCCCUCUCUAUUUUUACACCCCUCUGGCCCCCCUCUCUCUAUUUUACACCCCUCUGCCCCCCCCCUCUCUCUAUUUUACACCCCUCUGCCCCCCCUCUCUAUUUUACACCCCUCUGCCCCCCCCAACCCCCCUUUCUAUUUUACACCCCAACUGCCCCCACCCUCUCUAUUUUACACCCCUCUGCCCCCCCCCCCCACCCCCCCCUCUCUAUUUUACACGGUGGACAGAGGGCACACACACACACACACACACAGAAACGCACACACACACACACACACACACAGAAACGCACACAAAGCAGCUGAGAAUGCGUUCAUGAUGGACAGAGGGCACACACACACACACACACACACACACACACAGAAACGCACACAAAGCAGCUGAGAAUGCGUUCAUGAUGGACAGAGGGCACACACACACACACACACACACACACACACACACACAGAAACGCACACAAAGCAGCUGAGAAUGCGUUCAUGGUGGACAGAGGGUGGGUUUCACACAUUGCUUCCGUUAACACACACACAUUUGUCUGUCAUUGGUAUGUCUUCCCCUGCUCAACCCUUUGAUUGCGUUCGCUAGUAUCGUGUUCUAAGUGUUGGUUACUGGAGUUUCCAAGAACCAGACAUGGUUCACAGGAACGACGUAGUAAAUAGAUAAAUACUAGUAACUGUUUCUAUCUGAUAUUCCUAGAAAUCAGCAGCAUAAUGUACCAUUUCUUGUUUCCAUAUCAGCGUAGGCGACAUGUAGUUUUCCAUUUUAUUUAAUUAUUUUACACCAGCCCUCUGUCACCAUCCUUCUGUUUUAUGUUAUAUCUGAUAUCUCAUUGUUAUGACAGUCUUAUGACCUGAUGUAGCCCUUAUGAAGGUGUUAUGUAGCCCUUAUGAAGGUGUUAUGUAGUCCUUAUUAAGAUGUAGUAGGGUUGGGUACUAUACUGUAUAUACCGUAAUCCGGGGUAUUUUGAAAUACCCGCAAUGUGAUUUUCAAUACCGUCAAAUUCGUUAAACAUUUUUUUUUGUUGGGAUAUUUGUACUUUUAAAAUAAAUACCUGCCGUCAUCUUGUGCACUAGGUAAAUAGAUAAAGCAGAUGGCUUUCUUCAUUUCACCUGUUUGAUUAUUUUUCAUAAUGAAGCUUACCGGUAGUUCCCCAAAACAGUUGAUUGAGCCUGUUACGUGUGUGCAAAUGGAAGCUUCAUAAGGUGAUUCUCUCCUGCAGCGCAACUUAAGUGAGGUGAUCAACUUACACUUGUAUGAAAUUCUCUACUAAUGUUUGCCAGCUAUACAGUAUAUCUUACAUUAAGUUAACUAUCCAAAAUGUGCCAAAUACAUUUUCUCCAGCUGUGUAUUUGGUUUUCUAAUUUUGCUAGCCAAGACGCUAGCUUGCAAGAUCAAGCUUCUUGAAUCUUGGUAACAGCAGAGAAUCUCCUCCUGGAUCAAGAGGCCUUUCUGUCUAAUAUGUGUUUUGUGCAAACUGUGAGUAGCCUUUUGAGAUAUUGCAUAACUUUAUGAGCAGGGUUGUCUGUCCUUGCAAUUAGUUUAUGUUCGCUUGCGCUCGUUAACAUUUACCUAGCAUCCGCUAUGGGCAUUCCUUAGUACCUGUUAGCAUUUUUUUGCGCUUCCUUAUGUGCACCACCCGUAAUACUGUGUACCUCGGUAUGGCAAAGGCACGGUAUGAAGGUAUGACAAUCUGGACCAACUGUUAUGUAGUCUUAUUAUAGUGUUAUGUAGCCCUUGUGACAAGGUUAUGUAGCUCUUAUGAAGGUGUUAUGAGCCCUUACAACAAUGUUAUGUAGCCCUUGUGACAGGGUUAAAUAGCCCUUAUGAAGUUAUGUUAUGUAGUCCUUAUGAAGGUGUUAUGUAGUCCUUAUGAAGGUGUUAUGUCCCACAGGCAGCUCUGGAGGCCCUGGAUGAACUGAACCUGUUUGGAGCCGGAGGAGGACCAGGGUCUGUGGUGCACGCUCUGGCUGACGAUAUACAGCACUGUCAGGUACACUAGACAGCACACAUGAAGUUACAACACUAAACAACACACUACAACCAAACCACACACUGGACACAACACUUACAAGACAUUUACACAUAACACACAACACACACACACAUAGAACACACACACACACAAACACACACACACACACAACACACAAAACAACACACAAACACACACAAACACAACACACACACCACAACAUACCACACACACCACACACACACACCACACACCACAUAGACAUACACAUACACACAAACACACACAUAGACAAACAAACACACACACACACACACACACACACACACACAUAGACAUACAGUGCAUUCGGAAAGUAUUCAGACCCCUUGACUUUUUCCACAUUUUGUUACGUUACAGCUUUAUUCUAAAAUUGAUUAAAUAAAUAAAAAUCCUCAGCAAUCUACACACAAUACCCCAUAAUGACAAAGUGAAAACAGGUUUUUAGAAAUUUUAGCAAAUGUAUAAAAAACAAAAAAACAGAAACCUUAUUUACAUAAUUAUUCAGACCCUUUGCUAUGAGACUCGAAAUUGAGCUCAGGUGCAUCCUGAUCAUCCUUGAGAGGUUUCUACAACUUGAUUGGAGUCCACCUGGGGUAAAUUCAAUUGAUUGGACAUGAUUUAGAAAGGAACACACCUGUCUAUAUAAGGUCCCACAGUUGACAGUGCAUGUCAGAGCAAAAACCAAGCCAUGAGGUCGAAGGAAUUGUCCGUAGAGCUCCGAGACAGGAUUGUGUCCAGGCACAGAUCUGGGGAAGGGUACCAAAAAAAUAUCUGCAGCAUUAAAGGUCCCCAAGAACACAGUGGCCUCCAUCAUUCUUAAAUGGAAGAAGUUUGGAACCACCAAGACUCUUCCUAGAGCUGGCUGCCUGGCCAAACUGAGCAAUCAGGGGAGAAGGGCCUUGGUCUUGGUCAGGGAGGUGACCAAGAACCCGAUGGUCACUCUGACAGAGCUCUAGAGUCCUUCUGUGGAGAUUGGGAGAACUUUCCAGAAGGACAACCAUCUCUGCAGCACUCCACCAAUUAGGCCUUUAUGGUAGAGUGGCCAGACAGAAGCCACUCCUCAGUAAAAGGCACAUGACAGCCCACUUGGAGUUUGCCAAAAGGCACCUAAAGACUCUCAGACAAUGAUAAACAAGAUUCUCUGGUCUGUUGAAACCAAGAUUAAACUCUUUGGCCUGAAUGCCAAGUGUCACGUCUGGAGGAAACCUGGCACCAUCCCUACGGUGAAGCAUGGUGGUGGCAGCAUCAUGCUGUGGGGGUGUUUUUCAGUGGCAGGGACUGGGAGACUAAUCAGGAUCAAGGCAAAGAUGAACAGAGCAAAGUACAGAGAGAUCCUUGAUGAAAACCUGCUCCAUAGCGCUCAGGACCUCAGACUGGGGCAAAAGGUCACCUUCCAACAGGACAGCAACCCUAAGCACACAGCCAAGACAACGCAGGAGUGGCAUUGGGACAAGUCUCUGAAUGUCCUUGAGUGGCCCAGCCAGAGCCCGGACUUGAACCCGAUCGAACAUCUCUGGAGAGACCUGAAAAUAGCUGUGCAACAACGCUCCCCAUACAACCUGACAGAGCUUGAGAAGAUCUGCAGAGAAAAAUGGGAGAAACUCCCCAAAUACAGGUGUGCCAAGCUUGUAGCGUCAUACCCAAGAAGACUCGAGGCUGAAAUCGUUGACAAAGCUGCUUCAACAAAGUACUGAGUAAAGGGUCUGAAUACUUAUGUAAAUGUGAUAUUUCUAAAAACCUGUUUUUGCUUUGUCAUUAUGGGGUAUUGUUUCUAGAUUGAGGGAAAAAAAAACUAUUUGAUCAAUUUUAGAAUAAGGCUGUAACGUAACAAAAUGUGGAACAAGUCAAGGGGUCUGAAUACUUUCCGAAGACAUACACACUAACGCAUGUAUAGACACACACAUAGAGACACACACACACACACACACACACUUAUACAUUUCAAUUAGUUUUGGGUUAUCCUUUAUCAGAGUUUCUUCUUCUCUCUCUCACCCCCCUCUCUCUCUCUCUCUGUCUCUCUCUCUCUCUCUCUCUCUCUCUGUUCUCUCACCCCCCUCUCUCUGUUCUCUCUCUGUCUCUCUGUUCUCUCUCUGUCUCUCUGUUCUCUCUCUGUCUCUCUGUUCUCUCUCUCUCUCUCUGUCUCUCUGUCUCUCUCUGUCUCUCUGUUCUCUCUCUGUACUCUGUUCCUCUCUCUACUUCUGUCUUGUUUCUCACCCCCAUUUAGUGUCGAUACUUGUUCUUCUAACCACCACUAUGUAGUUGUAUUCUCACCCUCUCUAACUUCUCUCUCUCUCUCUCUCUGUUCUCGAUCUCACCCCCAUCUACUGGUUCUCACCCCCCCACCAUCUUAUCUCUCUGUUCUCUCUCUGGUCUAUCUGUUCUCUCUCUGUCUCUCUGUUCUCUACUACACCACACUCUAUCUGUAUACUGUUCUUGUUCUCUCUCUUCUCUCUGUUUCUUUCUCUGUCUCUCUGUUUCUCUCUCUGUCUCUCUGUUUCUUCUAUCAUUCUCCUCUCUUCUCUCUGUUCUCUCUCUGUCUCUCUCUCUUCUCUCUGUUCUCUCUCAUGUCUCUUCUCUGUAUCUCUGUCUCUCCUGUCUCUCUUUCUCUCUGUCUCUCUUCUGUUUCGUUCUCUCUCACCUCACCUCUCUCUCUGUCUCUCUGUUCUCUCUCAUGUCUCUCUGUUUCUUCUUCUCUCUGUUCUCUCUCACCCCCCUCUCUCUCUCUCUCUCUGUUCUCUCUCUGUCUCUCUGUUCUCUCUCUGUCUCUCUGUUCUCUCUCACCCCCCUCUCUCUCUCUCUCUCUGUUCUCUCUCACCCCUCUCUCUCUGUUUCUCUUCAGUCCAUCCUCAACUCCAUGCUUCCCAGGGCGUCUAUGUCUAAAGAGGUGGAUGCAGGGGUGCUGUCCAUUAUCUCGUACCCGGCCUUCGCUGUAGAGGACAUCUCUAUUGUCAACAUCACCAAGGAGAAGAUCAUAUCCAAACUACAGGUCAGGACAGUGUUAUGUCACCCUUAUGACAGGGCUAUGCAGUGUUAUGUUGUGUUAUGUAACCCUUAUGGCAGGGAAAAUGGCAUAUAUUAUAUAUUAUAUAUUUCUUUCUCUUUUCUCAGGGUCGAUAUGGAUGCUGUAGGUUUCUCAGGGAUGGACACAAAACGCCUAAAGAGGUAAAAACAUGCGCUCUCACUCUUUUUCUCUCUCUCUUAUCGCUCUCUCCAUUCUUCCCUCUCUCUCUCUCCCUCCCUCCCUCUACAUGUUGAUUUAUAUCUCACCACCCAGCCAUAGUCACUUCUACAUUUGAUGAAAUGCAUCUGCAGUCAUGGGAGGUGUUCAGACUAAGUGCUUUGAUCAGAGGAACAGCAGCGAUACAUCCCAAUCAGUCAGAAUGAGAAAAUUUAAACAUCUGUAUCAUCUUUCCAUUCACUUAUCCUUCCAUUUCACCCCUCCUUCCAUUUCACCCCUCCUUCCAUUUCACCCCUCCUUCCAUCUGUUACCAGAUUAUUUGCGUUGAUGUGGUUUCCUUAUUUGUGUGGCCGCCUAUGGAAACCCUUCACAUCGUGAAUAUUAUUUUAAUGUAAUUUUUUUUUAUAGUUCUGAAAACUCCAAACUAUCCCAAAUACAGGUCUUUUUAAAUCACUGAGAUAUGUAUUUAUCAGAACCCGAGUUUUGAACUUUUAAAGUUGGCCUCAGCCAAAAAGUUCAAAUGGAGAAAACAGCAUUCAAAGAUUCCGUAACGUUUUUUUUCUAAUUGCAUUGAGGCAUGAGAGAAAAACCCCAAUCAGCUCGAUUGUUUUAAAAAGAGAUUCCAUUCAGAAUAUUACGUAGCAGCCUACCUGUUGGCUCUUGGUCGUUGUAGCCUAUCCUUCUCCUUUCACUUCUAAUUCCAUCGUUUUAACUCCAUCUUCCAUUGAUUACAUAUCUUCCAUUGAUUACAUAUCUUCCCCACACGGAGGCGCUAUGACUGUAUCCUGUUGCUGCAUUGAUGACUUAUGAUUGGCCAACAACAAGCUACACGCGCCAAUCGGGAAAAGCAAAGAGCAGCAUCAUAAAUUAUACAAUUUCUCUCUCUCUCUCUCUACUACAGCAGUCGCGUUCAGAUCUGUAUGGUUCCUUCCUGACAAGUCAGUUAAAAUUAGGCUACACGUAGCUGAGACCCGUGACAAUCAUAUCAGAUCCGACCCAGACCCGUGACAUUAUUUCGAAUUCUGGAUUCGGACCCGCUCGUGUCCCGGAUCGGGUCUCGGGUAUUCGGUACAGGUGGAUCCGUGAAGACCUCUACCUUGGAUCCAGCGCUCUCCACCAGAUCCAGACCCAGAGCCUGGCCAUUCCCUUCACCCUGAGGGGAAACAUCAUGUUUCAGUGCUUUAUCAGUCUUUUUUAUUUGGGUCCACAAUAAAGGAAAUUGUCAUGGAGACCCAAAUGUUUAAAAACACACACACACUCACACUCACACACACACACACACUCACACACACACACACACUCACACACAAAGAAGGGUCUCUCUUCUUCUUCAAACCGCUGUGUCUAUUAUCUCUCUCUCAAUGAAUGAACAUUAAAUUGUUAGCUAGCUAACUUGUUUUGCGGGAUACAGGGAUGGAAAAAUACCACGGCUGGUCAAAUAGUCAGUGAAACAUUUAGGCUAGCGUUAGCUAUAGCAGCGUGUCUUCAAAUUUGCCUUCAACAGUACUGUCACUCCAACAACACUGGCUAUAGCCUACCUUUAAACAAAUCCAGUGUAAAUGCAGGUAGUGAAGGCCCGAGUUUAUAAAGUAUUGUGUACUUUAGCUAGCUAGCUUAACAUACCUUGCUUGCUCCUUGUUGAAUAUGCUCUCUCAUCUCUCCAUCCAUGAUGAGAUGACAGACGAUCGUUGGGACCACUUAAAAUGAUCCUUGAUUACCAGUAUUUCAGAGCAUACUGGCAGCUUUGCUCUAAGUAUUGACGUCUGACUAGCCAAGUCAAACAACAAGCAACAUAUCGCUGUUUAUCUGAGAAGUCGGCAGUCAGCUCCAGUGAUGAUUGAUGACUAACUAGAAAACGGGAAGACUGUGCUACUAUUAGGAGCCCAAUCCCAAUUCGCACACCCCUUCAAAGAUUUAAAAGCAGUGGAUUGAUGUAACUGUAUUGGUAGACAAUUCAUCUACACCUAUCCAAUGUUUUUACAUCUUUGAGGGAAGAUGGCCACGGCUAGCCAAAAUGACAUAGCUAACGAAUGACAGCAAAGAUGCCUCUCACUUCCAACAACUUAAGGAUAGGAAAUAAAUUGCUUUGCUACCUAAAAUAAAAAAUGAUUCUGAACUGUUGAAAUUACUGCAAUGGUGUUAAUAUAUUUGGAUCACUUUUCAUGUCAUUUUGACCAGCUAAUGGGCCUACCCACUGAUCAAACAACAUCGGAAGAAAGUGUGAACCUCUUAUGAACGUUAGCGUCCUUAAAUAAUCAUACAAUAUGUUUACAUUACAAUAAAGUAAAGGGUUUAAAGUAUCCAAAACAACCAAAAUCUAAAUUGUCCACAAAAACUGAUUUUCGUAGCGUUUUAGAUUUUUCCCAACAAUGAGUCGGUGCGACAUCCGACAGGUUCUCAUGGGUCGUCUCACAUUUUCUCAGAAACAAUGUCAUUCUAGAACUAUACUUUGUUGUUUUAUUGCCCUCCCUCCCGUUCAUCCAUCCAUCCAUCUAUCUCCUAUUGUUCUCUCUCCAUGAUUCUGUGGUUCUGUUCCCUCCCGUUCAUCCAUCCAUCCAUCCAUCUAUCUCCUAUUGUUCUCUCUCCAUGAUUCUGUGGUUCUGUUCCCUCCCUCCCUCCCGUCCCAGGAUCCUAACCGUCUAUACUAUGAGUCUGCUGAGCUGAAGCUCUUUGAGAACAUAGAGUGUGAAUGGCCCCUGUUCUGGACCUACCUCAUACUGGACGGCGUCUUCACCAACAGCCCAGAACAGGUGGCUAUAUAGCAGGUUAAAUAAUAAUAAUAAUAAUAAUAAUAAAUAGGGGUGUGCUUAUAUAGUCCUGUUUCACUGUAUGUACAAGUGGGUAACCUGUAAGUGUGAAAUGGAAAUGUGUUUUUUGCCUUGCUUAAGGGCAGAACGAUAAAUGUUUACCUUGUCUGCUCGGGGAUUCGAUCCAGCAACCGCCAGGCUACCUGAGCAGGUUAUGACCUCUCAUAGGAGUUAAUAUAGAAGCUAUAUGCCUUCAUAGCAGUGUCCUUACUUGUCACCCUCCAGGUCCAGGAGUACAGGGAUGCUCUGGAGGGGAUUCUGAUCAAACAGAAGGAUGGGAUCUGUCUACUGCCAGAGCUCUACAGCGUUCCACCUGAUAGGGUAAGACUGGAAAACCAGGGUGUAGUGGUGCCUUAAUGGAACUCCAGAAUCUUCCAACCAGGAUGUAGUGGUGGCUAAAUGGAACUCCAGAAUCUUCCAACCAGGGUGUAGUGGUGGCUAAAUGGAACUCCAGAAUCUUCCAACCAGGAUGUAGUGGUGGCUAAAUGGAACUCCAGAAUCUUCCAACCAGGGUGUAGUGGUGGCUAAAUGGAACUCCAGAAUCUUCCAACCAGGAUUUCUGGAAAACCUGGGAAUUUAGCAAGCCUAAUCACACAUGUGAACCAAUUUUAGUUUUUUUACAGGUGGCUGAGGAGUAUGCGAACCCCCCCCACUCUGUGGAGAGAGUUGGGGUGCAUUCUAACUGUGUGUCUGUAACCAACAGGUGGCUGAGGAGUAUGUGAACCCCCACUCUGUGGAGAGAGUUGGGGUGCAUUUCUAAACUGAUGGUGGUCUGUAACCAACAGGUGGGCUGAGGAGUAUGUGGAACCCCCCAACUCUGUGGAGAGUAGUUUGGGUGUGCGUUCUAACUGUGUGUGCUGUAACCAACAGGUUGGCUGAGGAGUAUGCGAACCCCCAUUGUCGGAGGGAGGUUGGGGUGCGUUCUAACUGUGUGUUGUACACAACAGGUGGAUGAGGAGUAGCGAACCCCACUCUGUGGAGAGAGUGGGGGCCGUUCUAACUGUGGUCGUAACCAACAGGUGGCUGAGAGUUAUGCGAACCCCCAACUCUUGUGGGAGAUGAGUGGGGUGCGUUCUAACUGUGUGUCUGUAGACCAACAGGUGGUGAGGAGUAUGCGAAACCCCCCCCACUCGGUGGAGAGAGUUGGGGUGCAUUCUAAAUGUGUGUCUGUAACCAACAGGUGGUGAGAGAUGUGACCCCCACCUGUGGAGGAGGUGGGGUGCGUUACUAACUGUGUGUCUGACAAACAGGUGGUGAGGAGUAAUGCGAACCCCCCCAAUCGGUGGAGAGAGUUUGGGGGUGCGUUCUAACUGUGUGUCUGUAACCAACAGGUGGCUGAGGAGUAUGCGAACCCCCCCACUCUGUGGAGAGAGUUGGGGUGCGUUCUAACUGUGUGUCUGUAACCAACAGGUGGCUGAGGAGUAUGUGAACCCCCACUCUGUGGAGAGAGUUGGGGUGCAUUCUAACUGUGUGUCUGUAACCAACAGGUGGGCUGAGGAGUAUGCGAACCCCCACUCUGUGGAGAGAGUUGGGGUGCAUUCUAACUGUGUGUCUGUAACCAACAGGUGGCUGAGAGUAUGCGAACCCCCACUCUGUGGAGAGAGUUGGGGUGCAUUCUAACUGUGUGUCUGUAACCAACAGGUGGCUGAGGAGUAAUGUGAACCCCCACUCUGUGGAGAGAGUUGGGGGUGCAUUCUAACUGUGUGUCCUGUAACCAACAGGUGGCUGAGGAGUAUGCGAACCCCCACUCUGUGGAGAGAGUUUGGGGUGCGGUUCUAACUGUGUGUCUGUAACCAACAGGUGAGUAUGCGAACCCCCCCCACUCUGUGGAGAGAGUUGGGGUGCAUUCAACUGUGUGUCUGUAACCAACAGGUGGUGAGGAGUAUGUGAACCCCCACUCUGUGGAGAGAGUGGGGUGCGUUCUAAACUGUGUGUCUGUAACCAACAGGUGGCUGAGGAGUAUGCGAACCCCCCCACUCUGUGGAGAGAGUUGGGGUGCGUUCUAAACUGUGUGUCUGUAACCAAACAGGUGGCUGAGGGAGUAUGCGAACCCCCACUCUGUGGAGAGAGUUGGGGUGCAUUCUAACUGUGUGUCUGUAACCAACAGGUGGCUGAGGAGUAUGCGAACCCCCACUCUGUGGAGAGAGUUGGGGUGCAUUCUAACUGUGUGUCUGUAACCAACAGGUGGCUGAGGAGUAUGUGAACCCCCACUCUGUGGAGAGAGUUGGGGUGCAUUCUAACUGUGUGUCUGUAACCAACAGGUGGCUGAGGAGUAUGCGAACCCCCACUCUGUGGAGAGAGUUGGGGUGCGUUCUAACUGUGUGUCUGUAACCAACAGGUGGCUGAGGAGUAUGCGAACCCCCCCACUCUGUGGAGAGAGUUGGGGUGCAUUCUAACUGUGUGUCUGUAACCAACAGGUGGCUGAGGAGUAUGUGAACCCCCACUCUGUGGAGAGAGUUGGGGUGCGUUCUAACUGUGUGUCUGUAACCAACAGGUGGCUGAGGAGUAUGCGAACCCCCCCACUCUGUGGAGAGAGUUGGGGUGCGUUCUAACUGUGUGUCUGUAACCAACAGGUGGCUGAGGAGUAUGCGAACCCCCACUCUGUGGAGAGAGUUGGGGUGCAUUCUAACUGUGUGUCUGUAACCAACAGGUGGCUGAGGAGUAUGCGAACCCCCACUCUGUGGAGAGAGUUGGGGUGCGUUCUAACUGUGUGUCUGUAACCAACAGGUGGCUGAGGAGUAUGCGAACCCCCACUCUGUGGAGAGGGUCCCUCUGGGGAAGCUCCCUCUAAAGUGGGGUCAGUCCCUCUACGUCCUAGGAAGUCUACUGGCAGAGGUGAGAGGUCACGCACUACACUAGCUAGUGGACACUAUACUACACACACUACAAUAGCUGGUGACUAACUGCCACUGGGUUAUAAAGUCCUCCUCUCCUCUCCUCUCUCCGGUAUUGUAUGGUAAAGCUUUGCCCUCUCUCUGUGUUCUACAGGGUUUCCUGGCCCCUGGAGAGAUAGAUCCUCUCAACCGACGUUUCUCCACCAUCCCCAAGCCAGACGUGGUGGUGCAGGGUGAGAUUUGAAGGCUACACACUGAAUAUAUGUCUACGUUUGAUAAAAGCAUCUGCUAAAGGACCAUAUUUAAAGGCCGGUUUAUACUUGGUCUAACGACAUGUCUGUAGACAAUUAGAAUCCGACAAGUGUCUCUGGUCAAAACAACAUUUCAUUUAUACUCCGGUGGAAUGUCUGCAGAUUUUCGCUGCGACUGUCGGUUUCCUUGUCGCACAGACAUGAAAAAAGUGAAUGUCUCUUCGACUGUCGCAAUGUCCGUUGUCGUGGUUACUUGGCUGCUACAGCAACAAGACCAAAUCCAUCUGUGAUGAGACAGUGCAGGAGUUCUCUGAUAGAAUGACCUACUUUAAUUUCUUCACACUCACAACCAUAAGCUAUUUUCUGUAAGCUCGCCAUCAUUACCUUGUAAAUAAUGAUGUUGUGGGUUCAUUUCCCUGUAAUAAUGAAUAGAAUUAGCUGAAGUUAUACUCUUGGUCAUUAUUUGAACUGGCUAGCCAGCUAGAUAGCUAACAAGCUAAAAACAAACCAAAACAUUGUUUAGAAAGUUGUUUUUAGUUUACAUUUACUGAAUUUAUUUUUAAACGGAUGGGUUUAUCGGUGUUAAAAUAGAGCAAGUAUGCUAUUUGGAGCACCGGGUUGCUGAUGUCAUGUAGAGACUGUCUGGAGCACCGGGCUGCUGAUGUCAUGUAGAGACUGUCUGGAGCACCGGGCUGCUGAUGUCAUGUAGAGACUGUCUGGAGCACCGGGCUGCUGAUGUCAUGUAGAGACUGUCUGGAGCACCGGGCUGCUGAUGUCAUGUAGAGACUGUCUGGAGCACCGGGCUGCUGAUGUCAUGUAGAGACUGUCUGGAGCACCGGGCUGCUGAUGUCAUGUAGAGACUGUCUGGAGCACCGGGCUGCUGAUGUCAUGUAGAGACUGUCUGGAGCACCGGGCUGCUGAUGUCAUGUAGAGACUGUCUGGAGCACCAGGCUGCUGAUGUCAUGUAGAGACUGUCUGGAGCACCGGGCUGCUGAUGUCAUGUAGAGACUGUGGUUUUGUGUUGAUACUUUUUCAUAACGACAAGGACAAGUUUGAUGUCGGACGACAAUAGAAUUUUCAUGAUGUCGCUAUGGCAACUGUCUACAGACAUGUCGAUAGACCAACUGUAAACCAGCCUUAAUACAUACUGUAUAUGUAACUAUUAAAUAUAUACAGUGAGGGGAAAAAAGUAUUUGAUCCCCUGCUGAUUUUGUACGUUUGCCCACUGACAAAGACAUGAUCAGUCUAUAAUUUUUAUGGUAGGUUUAUUUGAACAGUGAGAGACAAAAUAACAACAAAAAAAUCCAGAAAAACGCAUGUCAAAAUGUUAUACAUUAAUUUGCAUUUUAAUGAGGGAAAUAAGUAUUUGACCCCUCUGCAAAAUAUGACUUAGUACUUGGUGGCAAAACCCUUGUUGGCAAUCACAGAGGUCAGACGUUUCUUGUAGUUGGCCACCAGGUUUGCACACAUCUCAGGAGGGAUUUUGUCCCACUCCUCUUUGCAGAUCUUCUCCAAGUCAUUAAGGUUUCGAGCCUGACGUUUGGCAACUCGAACCUUCAGCUCCCUCCACAGAUUUUCUAUGGGAUUAAGGUCUGGAGACUGGCUAGGCCACUCCAGGACCUUAAUGUGCUUCUUCUUGAGCCACUCCUUUGUUGCCUUGGCCGUGUGUUUUGGGUCAUUGUCAUGCUGGAAUACCCAUCCACGACCCAUUUUCAAUGCCCUGGCUGAGGGAAGGAAGUUCUCACCCAAGAUUUGACGGUACAUGGCCCCAUCCAUCGUCCCUUUGAUGCGGUGAAGUUGUCAUGUCCACUUAGCAGAAAAACACCCCCAAAGCAUAAUGUUUCCACCUCCCUGUUUGAUGGUGGGGAUGGUGUUCUUGGGGUCAUAGGCAGCAUUCCUCCUCCUCCAAACACGGCGAGUUGAGUUGAUGCCAAAGAGCUCGAUUUUGGCCUCAUCUGACCACAACAGUUUCACCCAGUUCUCCUCUGAAUCAUUCAGAUGUUGAUUGGCAAACUUCAGACGGCCUGUAUAUGUGCUUUCUUGAGCAGGGGGACCUUGCGGGCGCUGCAGGAUUUCAGUCCUUCACGGCGUAGUGUGUUACCAAUUGUUUUCUUGGUGACUAUGGUCCCAGCUGCCUUGAGAUCAUUGACAAUAUCCUCCCGUGUAGUUCUGGGCCGAUUCCUCACCGUUCUCAUGAUCAUUGCAACUCCACGAGGUGAGAUCUUGCAUGGAGCCCCAGGCCGAGGGAGAUUGACAUUUAUUUUGUGUUUCUUCCAUUUGCGAAUAAUCGCACCAACUGUUGUCACCUUCUCACCAAGCUGCUUGGCGAUGGUCUUGUAGCCCAUUCCAGCCUUGUGUAGGUCUACAAUCUUGUCCCUGACAUCCUUGGAGAGCUCUUUGGUCUUGGCCAUGGUGGAGAGUUUGGAAUCUGAUUGAUUGAUUGCUACUGUGGACAGGUGUCUUUUAUACAGGUAACAAACUGAGAUUAGGAGCACUCCCUUUAAGAGUGUGCUCCUAAUCUCAGCUCGUUACCUGUAUAAAAGACACCUGGGAGCCAGAAAUCUUUCUGAUUGAGAGGGGGUCAAAUACUUAUUUCCCUCAUUAAAAUGCAAAUUAAUUUAUAAAAAUUUUGACAUGCGGUUUUUCUGGAUUUUGUUGUUAUUCUGUCUCUCACUGUUCAAAUAAACCUACCAUUAAAAUUAUAGACUGAUCAUUUAUUUGUCAGUGGGCAAACGUACAAAAUCAGCAGGGGAUCAAAUACGUUUUUUCCCUCACUGUAUAUAGCCAGACGCACCAAUGUGUUGGAGGAAACACCGCCCAACUGAUGACCGAAGUCAGCUUGCAGGCGCUCUGCCCGCCGCAACGAGUCGCUAGAGGGCGAUGAGCCAUGUAAAGCCACCCCGGCCAAACCCUCCCCUAACCCGGACGACGCUGGGCCAAUUGUGCGCCGCCCUAUGGGACUCCCGGUCACGGCUGGUUGUGACACAGCCUGGGAUUUUUUGUCAUUAUGGGGUAUUGUGUGUAGAUUGAUGAGGGGGGAAAACAAUUUAAUCCAUUUUAGAAUAAGGCUGUAACGUAACAAAAUGUGGAAAAGGUCAAGGGUCAAAAUAGCUCCCCAUACAACCUGACAGAGCUUGAGAAGAUCUGCAGAGAAAAAUGGGAGAAACUCCCCAAAUACAUUGUUAGUGAUCCAAUUGACAUUUUAGUCAUUUAGCAGACGCUCUUAUCCAGAGCGACUUACAAUUAGUGAGUGCAUUUUUCAUACUGGCCCCCCGUGUGCCAAGCUUGUAGCGUCAUACCCAAGAAGACUCGAGGCUGAAAUCGCUGCCAAAGGUGCUUCAACAAAGUACUGAGUACAGGGUCUGAAUACUUAUGUAAAUGUGAUAUUUUAUUUUUUUAGCAAACAUUUCUAGAAACCUGUUUUUGCUUUGUCAUUAUGGGGUAUUGUGUGUAGAUUGAUGAGGGAAAAAACAAUUUCAUCCAUUUUAGAAUAAGGCUGUAACGUAACAAAAUGUGGAAAAAGUCAAGUAACGCUACAAGCUUGGCACACCUGUAUUUGAGGAGUUUCUCCCGUUCCUCUCUGCAGAUCCUCUUAAACUCUGUCAGCUGCAGGAUCUCUUUGUACUUUGCUCCGUUCAUCUUUCUUCGAUCCUGACUAUAUUAACCAUUUUUUAAGUUAAGGUUUACAUCCCACAUGCAACAAUCACCUCAUGACAGACUUGUUUACGGAAGAACCCCACCCCCAACAGUCAAACACAUUUUACAGAAAAAAUGACAUAUUUCUAGCUAUUUUAAUAAUAAAAUAAGUCAGUCAUUUUUUUUAUUCUCUUCCUGUAGUGUCUAUCCUGGCAGAGAAUGAGGAGAUCCAGGAGUUGUUGAUGAAGAACGGGAUAGAGGUGGAGACAGUAUCUGACAUACACCCCAUCCACGUCCAACCUGCUAGAGUCCUCAGCCACAUUUACGCACGACUUGGUAAACAAAGAGAGGGAAGGAAGGAGGGAGGGAGGGAAGGAGGGAGGGAAGGAGGAGGGAAGGAGGGAAAGAAGAGGGAAAGAUGGGAUAGAGGUGGAGACAGUAGCUGACACUGUACACCCCAUCCACAUCCUGCUAGAGUUCUCAGCCACAUUUACUCUGUCAACAGUCUUUCACUACCAUACAAAAGAAAAUGACCUUACAAAAACUGGUGCUAUUGGAAGCCACUUCUACACCGGGCGGUGAGGGCCAGUUUCCCGUAAUCUAAACCUAUAUUAGAAAGCAUGCUGACUGUUGAACCCUCCACUCUUCCUCUUUUCUCCCAGGACGUAACCAGAGACUAGGGCUGACUGGUCGACCCUACAGGAGGAUUGGAUGUCUAGGAACUUCUAAGUUCUAUGUCAUCCGCAACACCAUCUUUGCCUUCACACCACAGGUAGAUACAGUACAGGACAGUACAAUUUUCUGUGUGUGUGUGUGUGUGUGUGUACUUGUUUUCCUACCUCAUCAGGACCCCAAUGUCCUAACGUUUCACCUGAAUGUCCUGACAAGGUAGGAAAACUAUAACUGUUUUGAAAAGUCAGGAUGUUUUUCAGGUCCUGAAUUUGUUCAAAUGCUAUUUUAAGGUUAGGGUUAAGGAUAGUGUUUUGGGGGUUAUGGUUAAAGUUAUGGUUAAGGAUUAGGGUUAGGGGUUAUGUUUAGUGUUAGGGAAAAUAGGAUUCUUAAUGGUCAAAAAAUUUGACUCCAAAAUUUACAGAAAUUUCACGAAAAUAAAGCUGUGUGUGUGAUGUCUAUGGUGUGUGUAGGCACCUGAGCUGAGCCAUAAGGGAAACUGGACAUCAGUUGGGGAGGGGCAAUGUUUGCUUUUUGUCCCCUCCGCCCCACUUUUGAUCUGAAAUCACCAUCACUUUUUUUUGCAAAUUAAAAGUGUUAGAGCUAGUAAUUUAUCAAUAUGUAUCUUUAAAAUUGACGUAGUCAGCAAAGCUACCAAAAUAUUUUAUUUUAAGACCUACCUAUAGCUUGUAGCCUACCUAUAGAAUGCAGCCUACCUACAGGAUAGCAUGUAGCCUACCUAUAGAAUGCAGCCUACCUACAGGAUAGAAUUGCAGGCCUACCUACAGUGAUAGCAUGUAGCCCUACCUCAGGCUAGGAAUGUAGCCUACCUUACAGGAUAGAGUAGACUACCUCCAGGAGAUAGCUUGUAGCAUACUACGGUAUAGCAUGUAGCCGACCUACAGGAUAGCAUGUAGCCUACCUACAGGAUAGCACUGUAGCCUAACCUAAGGAUAGGGGCCGUAGCCUACCUACAGGAUAGCCUGUAGCCUACCUACAGGAUAGCAUGUAGCCUACCUACAGGAUAGCAUGUAGCCUACCUACAGGAUAGCAUGUAGCCUACCUACAGGAUAGCAUGUAGCCUACCUACAGGAUAGCAUGUAGCCUACCUACAGGAUAGCAUGUAGCCUACCUACAGGAUAGCAUGUAGCCUACCUACAGCCAAAUGAGAGUUAUGUAUUCCGGCUGUAGCUUAGGCUACUUUUAUUCUGGUAAAACACCAUUUUCAACAGCGCAUUUGAUAAAAAUAACCUAGAAAAUUACAUUGGUUGUCAUUCAACCUAUUAAGCCUAAUAUUUCACAAGCCAUUUUACAAACAUUUUGAAUGCUGAAGGUGACGCACAGAUGUGCCAGAUCAGAAAUAAGCCUACCUCUCGUAGGUCGAAGCAUUUUUUACCUCGCGAAGAUGCGCAGUUUGACUCGGCUACUGCUACUGCCCGGGGUUGUUCGCCAUGCAAAAUGAUUUGUAGAUCAAUGACUGUCAACACAAUUACAUUCAUAGUUCGACACUGAAGGAGAGGACACCGUUGUCACAAAAGAUGAGGUAUUUUCGGAAGGUAGAAAGUAAUUUAAGCAAAAAAAUGUUUGUGAACCAGCUAUUCGUAAUGUUUGAAUUGAUUUUCUGACCGAUGCUGGGUUACAUUUGGGGGUCCUGCAGACCGAUGCACAUCGGGGAACGCUGAGUAUCCUUACAUCCAUUGUAGACUUUCUAGGAUCAUUUCAUCGUUCAAAUGCUCUUUUAUUUGGACAUGGCUUUAUACAGUAGCUACUGUAUGUCCUGGGAAGAGAAGGAGAAUUACUAGUCUUUUUUUAAAUUCUCUCUCUCCCUCCCUCCCUCCAGUUCAUAGAUCACCAGCAGUUCUACUUGGCGUUGGACAACCAGAUGAUUGUUGAUAUGCUUCGUACAGACCUGUCCUACCUUUCCUCUCGAUGGAGGAUGACUGGCAGACCCACUGUCACCUUCCCCAUCUCUCAGACCAUGCUCAGUGAGUCACACACCAGGGAGAGUGUGUUUGUGUGUGUGGGGGAGGCGGGAGUGUGUGUGUGGGGAGGCGGGAGGCGGGAGUGUGUGUGUGUGUGUGUGUGUGUGUGGGGAGGCGGGAGUGUGUGUGUGUGGGGAGGCGGGAGUGUGUGUGUGUGUGUGUGUGUGUGUGUGUGUGUGUGUGUGUGUGUGUGUUAGCUCAUGGUCCCUGUAUGUUUCAGCUGAAGACCACUCUGACCUGGACCCUGCGGUUCUGGCCACGCUGAAGAAGCUACAGGAUGGAUACUAUGGAGGAGCAAGGUGAGGCCUCAUUCAUUUAUUCAUCUGUCCAUCUGUGACUCUGUCGUCCAUCUGUCGGUUUGUUUGUUUUUGUUCCUUCCUUAAUUUAUUUGUUUAUUCAUUCAUUCAUUUACCCCCCAGUCUGUCUGUUUUUUUUCUUCGAUCGUUUGUUCUUUUGAUCAUUCAUGCAUUUAUCCAUUCAUAAAUGUUUUCUGAAAUCACUCGUUCAGGCAUUCAUGCACACACACAAACACACACCCUCACUCACUCACUCACUCACUCACUCACUCACUCACUCACUCACUCACUCACUCACUCACUUAGUACCUCAAUCCUUCCCUCACUCAGUCAUCCAUCCAUCCACCCGUCCAUCCAUUCAUUCAUUCGUUCAUUCAUUCCUUUCUCUCGCUCCAGGAUCCAGACGGGAAAGCUCUCUGAGUUCCUGACCACUUCCUGUUUCGCCAAACUCGGCUUCCUGGAUGCCAGUAAGCACGUGGGCGGCAUGGGCCGUGACGAAGAUGAUGAUGAUGAUGAUGACUAUGGAUGCUUUGCUGAGCAUGGCUUGACCUUCAAUGGUGGUAAGAAAGGGAGGGGAGGAAGGAGGAAGAGAAGGGACAGAGGGAGGGAUGAAGGGAGGGACAGAGGGAGGGGAUGAAGGGGAGGGACAGAGGGAGGGGAUGAAGGGGAGGGACAGAGGGAGGGGAUGAAGGGGAGGGACAGAGGGAGGGGAUGAAGGGGAGGGACAGAGGGAGGGGAUGAAGGGGAGGGAAUGAAGGGGAGGACAGAGGGAGGGGAUGAAGGGGAGGGACAGAGGGAGGGGAUGAAGGGGAGGGACAGAGGGAGGGGACGAAGGGGAGGGACAGAGGGAGGGGAUGAAGGGGGCUAGUGAUGUCACCAGGGUAUAUGAAAGAAAAUGUUUAUUCACGGUCAGUUUAAAAACCUUUUUAUUUUACUUGAUUACAAAAUGCUCUCUUUUACUGUGACAAUAUUGCAGAGGUGGGACCAAAUCAUUAUUAUUCGAGUCACAAGGUCCGAGUCCCAAGUAGAACGGGUCGAGUCUCGAGUCGAGUCCCAAGUAGAACGGGUCGAGUCAAGUCCAAGUCGUGCAUUCUAAGAGCGAGUCAAGUCUCAAGUCAAGUAAAAAUAUAUAUACAUGCAACGACUUGUUCAACUACAAAUCUUUUGUCUAUUUAUUGAGGAACCAGACUGACCUUUUCAUUAUUUUGUCUACUCUCGUUGUAAAAUGGGGACCUUGUAGCAGUCGUAAGGGCAUGAAGCCAGCAGAAGGCAAGGCAGGUUGACGUGCUCAGACCGUAGAUUUAUUUACAGGUCUUGGUGAUCCAGUGGUGAAAGCGCCAUAUCAUACCAAAUAUACACGGGCAAUAGCCCAAAGAAAUAGCCUCUGUAUCAGGCUUAACCUGUCAUAUCUGAACGGACACAGGUAGAGGGCAAGACCGCACAGCCUCCCCUUCAGAAACCAAAUGGAAUCUGUCUAACAGGACCUCAACAGGUACAUAUAGGCACUUGGCCCCUCCCAGGACCAAACAAUUACAACCAAUAAACUGGUUCUACAAUGUAAAAGGCAAUUUCCACAUCCAUUGUUCCAUUCACCUUAAUCAGACUUAAUGAUUAUUAAUGAUGUUUCAUCACAAUUCGUACAUGGGAACAAUCAUGUUCUCUUAUUCAACAUCCUGACUCCAAAGCCUGGAGCGCAUGCCACAUAGCCCCUUUCUAUGCGAACUGAGGCUUCCUGUUAGGCACAACAGAAAUGACAGAGACGUAGGACACAGACGCACGGAAAUCCGACAUAACCCGGGAAAUAUGAACAAAGGAAACCAUACAUUGAAUUAAAUAAACUGAAUUUCUACCUUUAUGAGUCUUGCGAACGUUCAUGUGCACAAUAAUAUUGGGUAAUUUUGACAUACCAAAAGACCAUUAGGCCUAUGCUAGUAAUUGUUGAUUGAUGAACAAAUAAUUUUUGGAGCUGCAUAUUUAUUUAUUAUGUCGAUGAUUGGUUGGGCUGAGGCCUUGAUGAUUGGUUGGGCUGAGGGCUUGAUGAUUGGUUGGGCUGAGGGCUUGAUGAUUGGUUGGGCUGAGGGCUUGAUGAUUGGUUGGGCUGAGGGCUUGAAUGAUUGGUUGGGCUGAGGGCUUGAUGAUUGGUUGGGCUGAGGGCUUGAAUGAUUGGUUGGGCUGAGGGCUUGAUGAUUGGUUGGGCUGAGGGCUUGAAUGAUUGGUUGGGCUGAGGGCUUGAUGAUUGGUUGGGCUGAGGGCUUGAUGAUUGGUUGGGCUGAGGGCUUGAUGAUUGGUUGGGCUGAGGGCUUGAUGAUUGGUUGGCCUGAGGGCUUGAAUGAUUGGUUGGGCUGAGGGCUUGAUGAUUGGUUGGGCUGAGGGCUUGAUGAUUGGUUGGGCUGAGGGCUUGAUGAUUGGUUGGGCUGAGGGCUUGAUGAUUGGUUUAGUUGACAAGUUGAAUCAGGUGUGCUAUCUCUAAUAGAUCAAAUACAUGGAACGGUUGUGGCCUCUAUCGAACUCUAUGGGUUUUCCUAACUCAAUGUCAGGGGUGUCAAACUCAUUCCUGCUGGUUUUGUUAUAUCCAUUCAAUUUGUGUCAAAUUACGAUCUAGACAACCAGGUUAGGGGAGUUCCUAACUAAUCAGUGACCCGCAGACACUCCGCCCUCCGUGGAAUGAGUUUGACACCUGUGCUCUAUAGCUUCAACCCUGUAUCCCAGGCAAAUUCCAAUCUGGACCUCGAAGGCAGUUCCACUGAUGAUUUGUAUUAUUUCCCUAAUGAGGGACUGAUUCAGACCGUGGACACCACGUAGUACAGAACCAGCAGUACUCUGGACCUCCAGGCUCAGAUUUGAAUAUCCCCCUCUAUCCUAUUUCCCCUUCCUGUGACAUUAUCUUUUAACCUCUGACCUUUGACCUCUGACCCUUCAUUACCUAACGAUUGACCUCUGAAUGACGUUACCAUCAUCGCAAGAUAACCUCCUGACCUGGUUGUUUUGAUGGGUGACACAACCAACUGAUUUUGUGUUGGAUUAACAAAAGCAAGCCUGUGAAUGAUUUAGGUGUGAAUUGUGUUUGUUUUUUGUUCAGUAGUUGAGCAAGUGACUGACCACCAUGUUUUAGUGAAUUAUUUGAGAGAAUAUUUGUCAUAGAAUUUACGGUCAAAAUGCUGUCUUUGUAAUUGAACUACCUGUAGCUGUUAUCUGCAUUCAGACUAAACACUUAAAUCCAAAAUGAAGGGUGGCUGGAAUGUUUUUAGACUGAGAUCAAGGCAUUUUAAUGCAACUCUCAUGGGGUCAAUUUCAAAACAGAAACCUAACAAAUGCCACAAUGAACAUUUUCACAGCGGUUUUACAUUUUUGGUGAGUGAGAACAGUUGUGUAAUAGUUGUGUGGUAUGUGUAGGAAGAAAUUGGUUCUGAUCAGGGAUUAAUACAAUUAAUUAAGAUUAUGGUGUCCUCGAGAAUAUCAUAUUUCUCAAUCUCUUCUCUCUCUCUCUCUCUCUCUCUCUCUCUCUCUCUCUCUCUCUCUCUCUCUCUCUCCUCUCUCUCUCUCUUUCUCCUUCUACUCCCUCUCUCUCUCUCUCUUUCUCCUUCUACUCCCCUUCAUCUCUCCCCUCUUUUCUCCCCCUCUCACUUCCAAACCUCCCUCCCUCUCCUCCCUCCCUCCCCUCCCCCUCCUCCCUCCCUCUCUCUAGAGGCUGAUGACCUAGCCCAGUACCUGGACCAGUUGUUGACCACAGCGAACCCCAGCAGAGGGUUAAAGGUCAGGGUUAUUUAUUAAUUAAUACAUUAAAAUCUUUUUUUUUUUUUACAUAAUUUUUUUCACAUAAAGCAUUAAACAUAUAUACAGUUGAAGUCGGAAGUUUUCAUACACCUUAGCCAAAUACAUUUAAACUCAGGUUUUCACAAUUCCUGACAUUUAAUCCUAGUAAAAAUUCCCUGUCUUAGGUCAGUUAGGAUCACCACUUUAUUUUAAGAAUGUGAAAUGUCAGAAUAAUAGUAGAGAGAAUGAUUUAUUUCAGCUUUUAUUUCUUUCAUCACAUUCCCAGUGGGUCAGAAGUUUAUAUACACUCAAUUAGUAUUUGGUAGCAUUGCCUUUAAAUUGUUUAACUUGGGUCAAACAUUUCGGGUAGCCUUCCACAAGCUUCCCACAAUAAGGUGGGUGAAUUUUGGCCCAUUCCUCCUGACAGAGCUGGUGUAACUGAGUCAGGUUUGUAGGCCUCCUUGCUCGCACACACUUUUUCAGUUCUGCCCACAAAUUUUCUAUAGGAUUGAGGUCAGGGCUUUGUGAUGGCCACUCCAAUACCUUGACAUUGUUGUCCUUAAGCCAUUUUGCCACAACUUUGGAAGUAUGCUUGGGGUCAUUGUCCAUUUGGAAGACCCAUUUGCGACCAAGCUUUAACUUCCUGACUGAUGUCUUGAGAUGUUGCUUCAAUAUAUCCACAUAAUUUUCCUUCUUCAUGAUGCCAUCUAUUUUGUGAAGUGCACCAGUCCCUCCUGCAGCAAAGCACCCCCACAGCAUGAUGCUGCCACCCCGUGCUUCACAGUUGGGAUGGUGUUCUUCGGCUUACAAGAUACCCCCUUUUUCCACCAAACAUAACGAUGGUCAUUAUGGCCAAACAGUUCUAUUUUUGUUUCAUCAGACCAGAGGACAUUUCUCCAAAAAGUACGAUCUUUGUCCCCAUGUGCAGUUGCAAACCGUAGUCAGGCUUUUUUAUGGCGGUUUUGGAGCAGUGGCUUCUUCCUUGCUGAGCAGAUUUUCAGGUUAUGUCGAUAUAGGACUUGUUUUACUGUGGUUAUAGAUACUUUUGUACCUGUUUCCUCCAGCAUCUUCACAAGGUCCUUUGCUGUUGUUCUGGGAUUGAUUUGCACAAAGUACGUUCAUCUCUAGGAGACAGAAUGCAUCUCCAUCCUGAGCGGUAUGACGGCUGCGUGGUCCCAUGGUGUUUAUACUUGCGUACUAUUGUUUGUACAGAUGAACGUGGUACCUUCAGGUGUUUGGAAAUUGCUCCCAAGGAUGAACCAGACUUGUGGAGGUCUACAAAUUAUUUUCUGAGGUCUUGGCUGAUUUCUUUUGAUUUUCCCAUGAUGUCAAGCAAAGAGGCACUGAGUUUGAAGGUAGGCCUUGAAAUACAUCCACAGGUACACCUCCAAUUGACUCAAAUGAUGUCAAUUAGCCUAUCAGAAUCUUCUAAAGCCAUGACAUUUUCUGGAAUUUUCCAAGCUGUUUAAAGGCACAGUCAACUUAGUGUAUGUAAACUUCUGACCCACUGGAAUUGUGAUACAGUGAAUUAUAAGUGAAAUAAUCUGUCUGUAAACAAUUGUUGGAAAAAUUACUUGUGUCAUGCACAAAGUAGAUGUCCUAACCGACUUGCCAAAACUAUAGUUUGUUAACAAGAAAUUUGUGGAGUGGUUGAAAAACGAGUUUUAAUGACUCCAACCUAAGUGUAUGUAAACUUCCGACUUCAACUGUAUCUUCCUUGUAUAUACACUACCAGUCAAAAGUUUGGACAUAUAUUUGAGAUUCUUCAAAUAGCCACCCCUUGCCUGGAUGACAGCUUUGCACACUCUUGGCAUUCUCUCAACCAGCUUCAUGAGGUAGUCACCUGAAAUGAAUUUCAAUUAACAGGUGUGCCUUCUUAAAAGUUAAUUUGUGGAAUUUCUUUCCUUUUAAUGCGUUUGAGCCAAUCAGUUGUACUGUGACAAGGUGGGGGGGGGGUAUACGGAAGAUAGCCCUAUUUGGUAAAAGACCAAGUCCAUAUUAUGGCAAGAACAGCUCAAAUAAGCAAAGAUAACGACAGUCCAUCAUUACUUUAAUACAUGAAGGUCAGUCAAUACGGACAAUUUCAAGAACUUUUAAAGUUUCUUUAAAGUGCAGUCGCAAAAACCAUCAAGCGCUAUGAUAAAACUGGCUCUCAUGAGGAUCGCCACAGGAACGGAAGACCCAGGGUUACCUCUGCUGCAGAGGAUAAAUUCAUUAGAGUUACCAGCCUCAGAAAUUGCAGCCCAAUAAAUGCUUCACAGAGUUCAAGUCACAGACACAUCUCAACAUCAACUGUUCAGAGGGGACUGUGUGAAUCAGGCCUUCAUGGUUGAAUUGCUGCAAAGAAACCACUACUAAAGGACACCAAUAAGAAGAAGAGACCUGCUUGGGCCAAGAAACACGAGCAAUGGACAUUAGACUGGUGGAAAUUUGUCCUUUAGUCUGGAGUCCAAAUUUGAGAUUUUUGGUUCCAACCGCUGUGUCUUUUUGAGACGAGGUGUGGGUGAACUGAUGGUCUCCGCAUGUGUAUUUCCCACCAUAAAGCAUGGAGGAGGAGGUGUUAUGGUGUGGGGGUGCUUUGCUGGUGACACUGUCUGUGAUUUAUUUAGAAUUCAAGGCACACUUAACCAGCAUGGCUACCACAGCAUUCUGCAGCGAUACGCCAUCCCAUCUAGUUUGGGCUUAGUGGGACUAUCAUUUGUUUUUCAACAGGACAAUGACCCAACACACCUCCAGGCUGUGUAAGGGCUAUUCUACCAAGAUGGAGCGUGAUGGAGUGCUUCAUCAGAUUACCUGGCCUCCACAAUUACCAGACCUUAACCAAAUUGAGAUGGUUUGGGGUGAGUCGGACCGCAGAGUGAUGGAAAAGCAGCCAACAAGUGCUCAGCAUAUGUGGGAACUCCUUCAAGACUGUUGGAAAAGCAUUCCAUUUGAAGCUGGUUGAGAGAAUGCCAAGAGUGUGCAAAGCUGUCAUCAAGGCAAAGGGUGGCUAUUUGAAGAAUCUCAAUUAUAAAAUAUAUUUUGUUUUAACACUUUUUUUGGUUACUACAUGAUUCCACGUGUUAUUUCAUAGUUUUGAUGUCUUCACUAUUAUUCUACAAUGUAGAAAAUAGUCACACCAAAAAAAACUUGAAAGACUAGGUGUGUCUAAACUUUUGACUGGUACUGUAUAUAAGGGGUCAGUUCCUCAGAUAUACAUUAAGCAUAAUCCUGGACUGAAAAACAACCUCAUUGGAGAAUCUCCAUUGGAAGUGGUUUUUAGUCCAGGAUUAGGCUUAAUCUGUGUCCGGGAAAUCUGGCCUUAAUCUAACCAAUAGAUUUGUCUCAUGUCUUUUCUGGAUGAUUAUUUGGGUUAAAGGUCAGAGAUGACUCUGGAGGGCUGGAGAGGUUCAAAGCAGCAGCCACCAAGACUAAGGAGAUGGUGUCUCUCAUGCACAAGGCCAAGGAACUCAACCUACACAGUGAGAUGAUAAUAAUAAUAAUAAUAAUAAUAAUAAUAAGACUAAGGAGAUGGUGUCUCUCAUGCACAAGGCCAAGGAACUCAACCUACACAAACUUUUCAAGGGUGUUAAACUCAUUCCAUGGAGGGCAGAGGGUCUGCAGGUUUUUGCUGUUCCCUUGUACUUGUUCGAUCAAGAUCAUUGAACAGAUCUUUUUCCACCUCUCUCUUUACGCCCAUCUCUCUCUCUACGCCCAUCUCUCUCCAUCCCUUUCUCUCUCUCUUCCCUCCCCCCCCCCCCCCCCCCCCCCUCUGUCUCUCUCCCACCCCUCUCUCUCUUCUAGAUGCCCACAUGUUUCUCCCCACCAAGCUCUUCCGUUCCCCUCAGCCCUCCCUCCACCUCACCCUCACAGAUUCCUCUGCGCCUCACACCAGUCAGGUAGGUGUGUGUUCGCACAUGUGAACAUAUGAACAUUUUCUCAAGCCUUAUACUAAAAGACCUCUCUCUCUCCUCUCCUCUCCUCUCCACCUCUCUCUUUCUUCCCUCCUCCACCUCUCCCUAUAGGUUCCCCAGGUAGUAGUGACCUCCGAGUGUAACCUACCCAGAGAUUCCAGUGGUGAUAUAGACUACAACAGUCUGGUCCAGCUCCUCAGAGACACCCACAGUCUACCAGACCAGGCUGACAUACUGUACAUCCUCUUCAAAGACAAGUCAGAUUCUCUUCUAUCUCUUUCUUUCUUUGGUGGUUGUUUUUCUGUCAGUCUGUCUGUCUGUCUUUGAAUUAUUUAUUUCAUCCCUCCAUCCUUCUCUGCCGACACUUAAAAACUGACUUGCUUUGAAUUGAACCUGAGAAUUUUCAAGAAUGCGUGUGUGUGCCCGUGUGUGCCCGUGUGUGCCCGUGUGUGCCCGUGUGUGUGUGUGUGUGUGUGUGUGUAUAUGUAUCUGUCCACUAGGGGUAUGGAGUGGGACACCAGGCUACAUGGUAAAGGCUGUACGGUCCGCUCCCUGCUGACAGACCUGUAUGUGAAGGCAGGCGACCUCAAACAUUGGGGACUCAUACGCAUGAUCUCUGGAAUACUGAGGAAGAAAGUAGAGGAACUCGACUGGGUAAAUAUAUAAACACACACACUGUUCAGUCUCUUGGCCUGCUGCCAAACUUUUCAUUGGUUGAUUAGUGCAGGCCUAUUGUGAUUGGUUGCUAGGUGUUAGCAGGCAUGUUUUGAUUGGUUGCUAGGUGUCAGCAGGCAUGUUUUGAUUGGUUGCUAGGUGUCAGCAGGCCUGUUUUGAUCGGGAUGAUGAAUGUAUACUUGUUUUUGAUUAGUUGCUGUGUGUCCCCAGGCCUGCUCUGAUUUGUUGGCCCACCAGAAGCACCUGACUGUGGGUCUGCCUCCAGAACCUCGGGAGAAGACCAUCACAGCGUCAGUUUACUUCCUAUACAUCCUAUGCAUCCGAUGCAUCCUAAAUGGUACCCUAUUCCCUAUGUAGUGCACUACUUUUGACCAGAGAAUGGUACCCUAUUCCCUAUGUAGUGCACUACUUUUGACCAGAGACUCUGAGUGAUGGUUUUUACUUCAAUAUCCUGAAAGUGACCUCAUCCUACAUCGGGGUCAGUCCCCUUUUUGAAUGGGCUUGACGAUUAUAUAAUAACAUUAGUGAAAACGCAGACAUUUAAUAUGUCCCCCCAAAUUUUUUUUUACAAAUUUACCACUAGACUUUUAUGACGUUUUUUUGCUAAAAGACCAUUGAGCCACAUUCUUGACAAUUGAACACCAUUCAAAAAGCUUACAAAAGUUAAAAGACGUAUUGAACCCUUUAAAGGUGCACUAUGCAGAAACCGCUCUGCCAUUUCCUGGUUGCUAAAAUUCUAAUAGUUUGCCUAAUUUCAGUUUAUGUGACUAAACAAACAGGGCUCCCUUGAAAAAUACAGAAGAUAUCUGUUGGUUAAAUAUUUUAAAAGGAUACAUGGUUGUCAUGUUUAGUAUAAAAAUAAAUAAAAACAUAUAUAAAUACAUUAUCUCUCUCUCUCUCUCUCUUAAUCUCUCUCACUCUCUUUUUAUCUCUCUCUUCAUCUCUCUCUCUCUCUUUCUUUCUGUCUCUCUCUCUGUCUCUCUCUCUGUCUCUCUCUCUGUCUCUCUCUCUAUCUCUCUGUCUCUCUCUCUUUCUUUCUGUCUCUCUCUCUGUCUCUCUCUCUGUCUCUCUCUCUGUCUCUAUCUCUCUCUCUCUCUCUCUUUCUUUCUGUCUCUCUCUCUCUCUGUCUCUCUCUCUCUCUCUCUCUCUCUCUCUCUCUCUCUCUCUCUCUGUCUCUCUCUCUCUGUCUCUGUCUCUGUCUCUGUCUCUGUCUCUGUCUCUGUGUCUCUCUCUCUCUGUGUGUCGGUCUCUUUCUCUCUCUGUCUCUCAGGCCCAUCCCUCCAGACAAGCUGGCCAAGCUGAUAGAUGAAGCUAGUGAGAACAACAUCACUAUAGCCAUCCUCACACAGGUACACACACACGCGCACUCACUCAUUUGGACAAGCGUUCCAUUUCAAACUACCUCCCUCUCUCUUGCGUUUGUGUGUGAAACAGGAGAUCAUGGUGUACCUGGCAAUGAACAUGCGUACCCAACCCAGCCUGUUCAGUGAGAUGUUCAGGCUGCGUAUCGGACUCAUCAUCCAGGUGAUGGCCACUGAGCUGGCACAGUCUCUCAACUGCUCAGGUAAUAACAAGAACAGUAAUAUUAAUAGUAGCAGUAAGUUGGACACAGAGCUGGCACAGUCUCUCAACCUCAUAAUAAUUAGAAAAGGACAUUCCCUAAAAUAAAAAGGGUUUUAUUAUUUUUGGCCCUACAGUGAAGUAGGAACUAGUGUCAGACAUCCUGUAACCAAUCACAAAUUGAAUACAUUAUUUUAUGUGAAAUUGUAUGCGUUUCAUAUUUAGUGUGUGUAUUUGUGUGUGUGUGUUUUGUGCCCUGUAGGAGAGGAGGCUACAGAGAGCCUGAUGAGUCUGAGUCCGUCAGAAUUAAAGAUCCUGCUGCAUCACAUCCUCAGUGGGAAGGAGUUUGGAGUGCAGAGGAGCGGUAUGACGCCUCUACGAACUGUUAUGACAUCCCUAUGAACUGUUAUGACAUCCCUAUGAACAUCCUUUAUGAGCAGUUAUUAGAUUGCUAUGAACUCUUUAUGUUACAUAUAAUAUACUAUACACACACACACAUUAUGACAUCCCUGUAUGUGGUAUCCUAUGUUUAUUGUAUGUGUUCCAGUGCGUUCCGUAGACGCCGGCGCCAGUCCUGCCAUCUCUAUCCACGAGGUGGGCAAUGUGGGCGCCACCAAGAGCGAGAGGGCGGGCAUCAGCAAGCUGAAGAGCGACAUGAGGAUGGUACGUAUUAAAGGGGCAAUCUGGAGUUGAAACAGCAACAAAGUGUUUACCCUGCCACUUUUUUUGGUAAACGUGUGAGGAAUGGAGCUGGAGAAAUGUAACAAUUUUCAAAAUGUAUAGACGGAGCUAUGGAUGCAACUUUUAAUAUAGUUUUAAUUGUAGUGUGUUUAUCAUUCCUACUAAUUUGUUAUUUUACCUGGUCAAAAUAAGCAAACUAAAACUGAACUAAAACCAAUUGGCUGGGAGUACAUGAUAUCACAGGUCUGUUGGCUUUUAAAGAUGGAUUAUGUAACUUUUUGGGUGACCUGACCAAAUUCACAUAGAAAGCAAGUGUAAGAAAUGUAAUAUAUGUGUGUAUAUACAUAUAUAUAUAUAUACAGUGGGGAGAACAAGUAUUUGAUACACUGCCGAUUUUGCAGGUUUUCCUACUUACAGAGCAUGUAGAGGUCUGUAAUUUUUAUCAUAGGUACACUUCAACUGUGAGAGACGGAAUCUAAAACAAAAAUCCAGAAAAUCACAUUGUAUGAUUUUUAAGUAAUUUGUUUGCAUUUUAUUGCAUGACAUAAGUAUUUGAUCACCUACCAACCAGUAAGAAUUCCGGCUCUCACAGACCUGUUAGUUUUUCUUUAAGAAGCCCUCCUCUUCUCCACUCAUUACCUGUAUUAACUGCACCUAUUACCUGUAUUAACUGCACCUGUUUGAACUCGUUACCUGUAUAAAAGACACCUGUCCACACACUCAAUCAAACAGACUCCAACCUCUCCACAAUGGCCAAGACCAGAGAGCUGUGUAAGGACAUCAGGGAUGAAAUUGUAGACCUGCACAAGGCUGGGAUGGGCUACAGGACAAUAGGCAAGCAGCUUGGUGAGAAGGCAACAACUGUUGGCGCAAUUAUUAGAAAAUGGAAGAAGUUCAAGAUGACGGUCAAUCACCCUCGGUCUGGGGCUCCAUGCAAGAUCUCACCUCGUGGGGCAUCAAUGAUCAUGAGGAAGGUGAGGGAUCAGCCCAGAACUACACGGCAGGACCUGGUCAAUGACCUGAAGAGAGCUGGGACCACAGUCUCAAAGAAAACCAUUAGUAACACACUACGCCGUCAUGGAUUAAAAUCCUGCAGCGCACGCAAGGUCCCCAUGCUCAAGCCAGCGCAUGUCCAGGCCCGUCUGAAGUUUGCCAAUGACCAUCUGGAUGAUCCAGAGGAGGAAUGGGAGAAGGUCAUGUGGUCUGAUGAGACAAAAGUAGAGCUUUUUGGUCUAAACUCCACUCGCCGUGUUUGGAGGAGGAAGAAGAAGGAUGAGUACAACCCCAAGAACACCAUCCCAACCGUGAAGCAUGGAGGUGGAAACAUCAUUCUUUGGGGAUGCUUUUCUGCAAAGGGGACAGGACGACUGCACCGUAUUGAGGGGAGGAUGGAUGGGGCCAUGUAUCGCGAGAUCUUGGCCAACAACCUCCUUCCCUCAGUAAGAGCAUUGAAGAUGGGUCGUGGCUGGGUCUUCCAGCAUGACAACGACCCGAAACAUACAGCCAGGGCAACUAAGGAGUGGCUCCGUAAGAAGCAUCUCAAGGUCCUGGAGUGGCCUAGCCAGUCUCCAGACCUGAACCCAAUAGAAAAUCUUUGGAGGGAGCUGAAUGUCCGUAUUGCCCAGCGACAGCCCCGAAACCUGAAGGAUCUGGAGAAGGUCUGUAUGGAGGAGUGGGCCAAAAUCCCUGCUGCAGUGUGUGCAAACCUGGUCAAGACCUACAGGAAACGUAUGAUCUCUGUAAUUGCAAACAAAGGUUUUUGUACCAAAUAUUAAAUUCUGCUUUUCUGAUGUAUCAAAUACUUAUGUCAUGCAAUAAAAUGCAAAUGAAUUACUUAAAAAUCAUACAAUGUGAUUUUCUGGAUUUUAGAUUCCGUCUCUCACAGUUGAAGUGUACCUAUGAUAAAAAUUACAAACCUCUACAUGCUUUGUAAGUAGGAAAACCUGCAAAAUCGGCAGUGUAUCAAAUACUUGUUCUCCCCACUAUAUAUAUAUAUAUAUAUAUAUAUAUAUAUAUAUAUAUAUAUAUAUAUAUAUAUAUAUAUAUAUAUAUACACACACAGUGGGGGGGAAAAGUAUUUAGUCAGCCACCAAUUGUGCAAGUUCUCCCAGAGGCCUGUAAUUUUCAUCAUAGGUACACGUCAACUAUGACAGACAAAAUGAGAAAAGAAAAUCCAGAAAAUCACAUUGUAGGAUUUUUAAAGAAUUUAUUUGCAAAUUAUGGUGGAAAAUAAGUAUUUGGUCAAUAACAAAGUUUCUCAAUACUUUGUUAUAUACCCUUUGUUGGCAAUGACACAGGUCAAACAUUUUCUGUAAGUCUUCACAAGGUUUUCACACACUGUUGCUGGUAUUAUUGGCCCAUUCCUCCAUGCAGAUCUCCUCUAGAGCAGUGAUGUUUUGGGGCUGUCGCUGGGCAACACGGACUUUCAACUCCCUCCAAAGAUUUUCUAUGGGGUUGAGAUCUGGAGACUGGCUAGGCCACUCCAGGACCUUGAAAUGCUUCUUACGAAGCCACUCCUUCGUUGCCCGGGCGGUGUGUUUUGGAUCAUUGUCAUGCUGAAAGACCCAGCCACGUUUCAUCUUCAAUGCCCUUGCUGAUGGAAGGAGGUUUUCACUCAAAAUCUCACGAUACAUGGCCCCAUUCAUUCUUUCCUUUACACGGAUCAGUCGUCCUGGUCCCUUUGCAGAAAAACAGCCCCAAAGCAUGAUGUUUCCACCCCCAUGCUUCACAGUAGGUAUGGUGUUCUUUGGAUGCAACUCAGCAUUCUUUGUCCUCCAAACACGACGAGUUGAGUUUUUACCAAAAAGUUCUAUUUUGGUUUCAUCUGACCAUAUGACAUUCUCCCAAUCCUCUUCUGGAUCAUCCAAAUGCACUCUAGCAAACUUCAGACGGGCCUGGACAUGUACUGGCUUAAGCAGGGGGACACGUCUGGCACUGCAGGAUUUGAGUCCCUGGCGGCGUAGUGUGUUACUGAUGGUAGGCUUUGUUACUUUGGUCCCAGCUCUCUGCAGGUCAUUCACUAGGUCCCCCCGUGUGGUUCUGGGAUUUUUGCUCACCGUUCUUGUGAUCAUUUUGACCCCACGGGGUGAGAUCUUGCGUGGAGCCCCAGAUCGAGGGAGAUUAUCAGUGGUCUUGUAUGUCUUCCAUUUCCUAAUAAUUGCUCCCUCAGUUGAUUUCUUCAAACCAAGCUGCUUACCUAUUGCAGAUUCAGUCUUCCCAGCCUGGUGCAGGUCUACCAUUUUGUUUCUGGUGUCCUUUGACAGCUCUUUGGUCUUGGCCAUAGUGGAGUUUGGAGUGUGACUGUUUGAGGUUGUGGACAGGUGUCUUUUAUACUGAUAACAAGUUCAAACAGGUGCCAUUAAUACAGGUAACGAGUGGAGGACAGAGGAGCCUCUUAAAGAAGAAGUUACAGGUCUGUGAGAGCCAGAAAUCUUGCUUGUUUGUAGGUGACCAAAUACUUAUUUUCCACCAUAAUUUGCAAAUAAAUUCAUAAAAAAUCCUACAAUGUGAUUUUCUGGAGAAAAAAAAUCUCAAAUUGUCUGUCAGACAAAUUACAGGCCUCUCAUCUUUUUAAGUGGGAGAACUUGCACAAUUGGUGGCUGACUAAAUACUUUUCCCCCCCACUGUGUGUGUAUAUAUAUAUAUAUAUAUAUAUAUAUAUAUAUAUAUAUAUUUAUAUAACAUGGGGGAUUGGAAGUGAUGCAGACAAUUACAUUGAUGGAAGUUACAAUCUAUCUGCAAUAUUAAGCUGAUUUACCCCCUAAAAAAAUAAAAAUAAAAAAGUCUCUAAGAAUCGGUAGAUAUGUUCUUAAGUUUCGCUUUUGCAUCUUUUACUUUCGUUUUUUUGUACACUUUUGUACACUUCAAACAGCUGAAAACACAAUAUUUGUAGUUAUGGAAAAUAUAUUUCACAGCGGUUUAAAUGGUACAAUGAUUCUCUACACUAUACUUGCUUAUUUUGUCACAUAAACUGAAAUUAGAAUUUUAGCAACCAGGAAAUGGCGGAGCGAUUUCUGCAUAGUGCACCUUUUUAAAGGAUUCAAUACGUGAAAGUGACACGUCAUUUAGCUUUUGUAGACUUUUUGAAUGGUGUUCAAUCGUCAAGAACGUAGCCCAAUGGUCUUCAGCAAAAAAAACUUCAUAAAAGGCAUGUGGUAAAUUUGUCCACAAACACAAAUAUAAUUUUAUACAUACUAAAUGACCGCAUUUUCAUGAAUUGUAUUAUAUAAUCGUCAAGCCCAUUCAAAAGGGGACUGACCCCGAUGUAGGAUGAUGUCACUUUCAGGGUAUUGAAGUAAAAACCAUCGUUUAUGACACUACAGACCAAGUACCAACAGUAUCUAGACUGUUCUCCUCUCCAGAGCUUGUCACUCAGUCAUCUUUCCAUUUUCAGUUGGAGGAGCUCAGGUUGUCAUGGUCGCAGCAGAGACAGGUGAUGAUGAUGAUGAUGACUUUUUUCUUGUUACAGGGUGUUAAUUCACUUGGGCACUGUCAGCAGUUUGCAUGCAAAAGUCACCUAAAAACAUUUUAAUUGUGGUCAAAAACCACGUCGUGGUUCAUUUGUGGUCAAUAAUGGGGGAAUCCACUGGAUCCAGGGUUCUUAUAUGUUAUCGCCAUGGUAAUAGGGCAGUCUCUAUGGUGAUGACUAAGGUGGUCGGUUGGCACGGUGAUUUUGAACGUAGUUGUUCACCCUAACACACACACACACACUGUUCACACUGGCUGUUCUCAUGUUGUGAAUCCUCUCUCCCCUCCUCAGAGCCUAACUCCACAUUCACUGGACAUGGAACACAUUGAAUCUGGGGUAAGAGUUAAAAGACAUCUUAGAACACAAACUUUACUUUCAAAUUUAAUCGCUUUUCCAGUUUACAUCCUACUGUCAUUGUAAUGCCAUAGCAAAAUUGCCAUUUUGCAGUUGAAAUGGAAAAUCUCUUGUUGGCUUAACUUGAUAUGUAAACGGUAUGUACAUUUGAUGUCUCUAUCAGAGGUACAUCCUCCCGCCCAUAGGGUAUAUAUUUGCAUGUAUGUAUUUAUAUGUAUUGUAUAGGUCUCUCAUCCAUAGGAUAUAUAUGUAUGCAUAUAUUUGUAUUGUAGCGAAUUUGGUGGGUAGCCCCGACCGGGACUCGAACCGGGGUCAAGCGAUUGUCAAGCCAACACCUUAAACAUUACGCCAAGAGGGCCAAACCUCUUGACGAGGUCGCUAGGUGUUGGGUUAAGGUCGAUACAGUAUGUAGCAUAUAUAUAUAUAUAUAUAUAUACACAUACAGUACCAGUCAAAAGUUUGGACACACCUACUCAUUCAAGGGUUUUCUUUAUUUUUACUAUUUUCUACAUUGUAGAAUAAUAGUGAAGACAUCAAAACUAUGAAAUAACACAUAUGGAAUCAUGUAGUAACCAAAAAAGUGUUAAACAAAUCAAAAUAUAUUUUAUAUUUGAGAUUCUUCAAAUAGCCACCCUUUGCCUUGAUGACAGCUUUGCACACUCUUGGCAUUCUCUCAACCAGCUUCACCUGGAAUGCUUUUCCAACAGUCUUGAAGGAGUUACCACAUAUGCUGAGCACUUGUUGGCUGCUUUUCCUUCAGUCUGCCAUCCGACUCAUCCCAAACCAUCUCAAUUGGGUUGAGGUUGGGGGAUUGUGGAGGCCAGGUCAUCUGAUGCAGCACUCCAUCACUCUCCUUCUUGGUAAAAUAGCCCUUACACAGCCUGGAGGUGUGUUGGGUCAUUGUCGUGUUGAAAAACAAAUGAUAGUCCCACUAAGUCCAAACCAGAUGGGAUGGUGUAUCGCUGCAGAAUGCUGUGGUAGCCAUGCUGGUUAAGUGUGCCUUGAAUUCUAAAUAAAUCACAGUGUCACCAGCAAAGCACCCCCACUCCAUAACACCUCCUCCUCCAUGCUUUAAGGUGGGAACUACACAUGCGGAGAUCAUCCGUUCACCCACACCGCGUCUCACAAAGACACGCCGUUUGGAAACAAAAAUCUACAAUUUCCACCGGUCUAAUGUCCAUUGCUCGUGUUUCUUGGCCCAAGCAGGUCUUUUCUUCUUAUUGGUAACCUUUAGUAGUGGUUUCUUUGCAGCAAUUCGACCAUGAAGGCCUGAUUCACACAGUCCCCUCUGAACAGUUGAUAUUGAGAUGUGUCUGUGACUUGAACUCUGUGAAGCAUUUAAUGGGCUGCAAUUUCUGAGGCUGGUAACUCUAAUGAACUUAUCCUUUGCAGCAGAGGUAACCCUGGGUCUUCCGUUCCUGUGGCAGUCCUCAUGAGAUCCAGUUUCAUCAUAGCGCUUAAUGGUUUUUGCGACUGCACUUGAAGAAACGUUAAAAGUUCUUGAAAUUGUCCGUAUUGACUGACCUUCAUGUCUUAAAGUAAUGAUGAACUGUUGUUUCUCUUUGCUUAUUUGAGCUGUUCUUGCCAUAAUAUGGACUUUGUCUUUUACCAAAUAGGGCUAUCUUCUGUAUACCCCCCCCUACCUUGUCACAACACAACUGAUUGGCUCAAAUGCAUUAAGAAGGAAAUACAUUCCACAAAUUAACUUUUAAGAAGGCACACCUGUUAAUUGAAAUGGAUUCCAGGUGACUACCUCAUGAAGCUGGUUGAGAGAAUGUCAAGCGUGUGCAAAACUGUCAUCAAAGCAAAGGGUGUAUAUUUGAAGAAUCUCAAAUAUAAAUAUAUUUUGAUUUGUUUAACACUUUUUUGGUUACUACAUGAUUCCAUAUGUAUUAUUUCAUAGUUUUGAUGUCUUCACUAUUAUUCUACAAUGUAAAAAUAGUACAAAUAAAGAAGAACCCUUGAAUGAGUAGGUGUGUCCAAACUUUUGACUGGUACUGUGUGUGUGUGUGUGUGUGUGUGUGUGUGUGUGUGUGUAAAUAUAUGUUUCUGUCACAGAGGUACAAGCUCCCCUCCAUAGAGUCUCUGGAUGUUCCAGUGAGCACGCCCGUCGUCAAGGAUACGAGGCACGGCCAAUGGCUGCGUAGGAGACGUCUGGACGGAGCACUCAACAGAGUCCCCAUAGGCUUCUAUCAGAAGGUCUGGAAGAUUCUACAGAAGGUCUGUACUUACCUUGCAACAUAUAUAUAUACAGGGGCGGUGUGUUCAUUAGGGCGAUAUGGGCGACGCACUGCCAAACGGGAAAAGGAAGGGAUUUUUUUUCUAAUCAAUUAUAUCACGGCAACAGUAGUUAUCAGUGUUCUAAUCUAGACGUCUGAUCUGCCACUAAAUGUCCAAUCAGGCUAAAGUCGUGCUUCAAAUGGCCCCGCCCCUUUUGGGGCGAUUUCAGUCAGGUUGAAAAUCGCCCCAGAAGUCUCUCAUAGACUCUCAUGUAAAAUCUUUUUUUUUUCAAAUAUCAGAGCUUUCAAUACAAUCUCUAUGGGUUCCGGGAGGGCUUGCACUUACGCGCUUUCGUCAUACGUAACAUAACCAUGAACGUAACUAAGAAAAGAGCGGGUAGCAGCAUCAAUCAAUUCACGUACUACUGUCAAGAUGGCUAGCGUUCAGUGCAACUCGAUUUGUCUCUUUGAAAGAAGUUCCUUUUUGUCGGCGAACAAAUCAAGAUAAAUUGGCAACGAAACAAUUAGGACCUCCCAGACCAAAUUUAAUAAUUCAACAGGUUUCUACUAAAGGGGGAAAGUCCUACACCCGAGGAUUUUCCAAAAAUUGGUACGAACGAAAAACCUGGCUAGCAGGCUGCGAUGUAGCUAAUGCAGUCUUCUGCUACCCCUGCUUACUCUUUCACCCUGAAGGCGGCACGGCAGACAGCACCACUUGGACAGCGACUGGUGUAACGGACAUGCACCAUCUUUCAGAAAAGAUUAAGAAACAUGAGCUGUCAAAGACCCACAUGGAUAGCUGUUUGAGAUUGUCUGCUUUGGGGAGAGUGAACAUUGCCACUCAACUGGAUGAGGGAUACAGGCUAGCUGUCCGCCGCCACAACGAUGAGGUUAGCAAGAACCGCCACAUCCUCAGCCGGCUAAUCCAGUGUGUGAAGUUUUGCGGAGUGUUUGAGUUAGCUUUGCGAGGCAAAGAUGAAACGGAGGGCUCCACCAACCCUGGUAUUUUUCUUGGACUUGUCAACUUUGUGGCACAAUUAGAUGAGGUGUUUUAUGGAAAUGCAUAUUGUUUAUGCAGUGUUGAGGAAUGUGAAAGAACACCCUUGAUUAUUUUUAUUGUGAUAACUUAUUUUGCUUUUGUAAGCCAACACUUUUGAGAUCAGUCAAUAAAUGCUUCUGGUAUUGACUUAUAUGCUGCCCCUGUCUUCAUGUUGUUGCUGGACAUAUCUUUUUUUAAAUGUGUGUAGGUCACCUAAAUCAUCAGAAAAAUUGCCCCCCCUGAGAAUUUUUUCAGGAGCCGCCACUGUAUAUAUAUAUAUAUAUUUCGCAUAAGUAUAUAUAGUUUAGUAUAACAGUGUAUAUAUAGUUUAGUAUAAUUAAGUAAUAAGGCCCGAGGGGGUGUGGUAUAUGGCCAAUAUACCACGGUUAAGGGCUGUUCUUAUGCACGACGCAACACGGAGUGCCUGGAUACAGCCCUUAGCCGUGGUAUAUUGGCCAUAUACCACAAACCCCAGAGGAGCCUUAUUGCUAUUAUAAACUGGUUAUUAUAGUAUAACACUGUAUAUGUAGUGCAGUAUUAUAGUAUAACACUGUAUAUGUAGUGCAGUAUUAUAGUAUAACACUGUAUAUGUAGUGCAGUAUAACAGUAUAUAGUUUAGUCUAACAACAUGGUAUAAUGUGUAUAUAUUAUACUUUACCUUAUAAUAUACAGGUAACUUCCAAAAUAAAGGAAACACCAACAUAAAGUGUCUUAAUAGGGCGUUGGGCCAGAACAGCUUCAAUGCGCCAUGGCAUGGAUUCUAUACACUAUUGGAGGGAUGCAACACCAUUCUUCGCUGAGAAAUUCCAUCAUUUGAUGUUUUGUUGGUGGUGGUAAAAAAACGUUGUCUCAGGCACCGCUUUAUAAUCUCCAAUAAGUGUUCAAUUGGGUUGAGAUCUGUUGACUGAGACGGCCAUGGCAUAUGGUUUACGUUGUUUUCAUGGUCAUCAAACCAUUCAGAGAUCACUUGUGUCCUGUGGAUGGUGGCCUUGUCAUCCUAUGGGGGUAUAGCCAUGGUAGCCAAAAUAAUGGCCUGCCCAGCAUUUUUAUCUAUGACCCUAAGCAUGAUGGGAUGUGAAUUGCUUAAUUAACUCAGGAACCACACCUGUGUCGAAGUACCUGCUUUCAAUAUAGUAGGUCCAGAUUUUGACGAAACUUGGUUGAAUUAUGCAUCUUGCCAUGGAGAUCCGGCAUUAAAGAAAUGACAUUGAUUGGGCCAAGGGGGGCGCUAUAGUAAUCAACAAAUUAAAUUCCAAACUUUGAAGAAGCAUAUCCCCUGUCCCGUUUGAUCUAGAAUUGUUGUCUCUAAUUGGCCCAAGGGAGGAGGGGCGCUGCAUCAUUCAUGUUUAAUGUUGCCUUGUAUAGUUCUAGUAUUAGAGUGCCCAUGUAGGGUUCUACCAAAUAUAGUAUUAUAUAUACAGUGCAUUCGGAAAGUAUUCAGACAGCUUGACUUUUUCCUCAUUUUGUUACGUCACAGCCUUAUUCUAAGUAAGGUAUUUGUGUUUUUUAUUUGUAAUAAAUGUGUAAAACUUUCUACAAACCUGUUUUCGCUUUGUCAUUAUGGGGUAUUGUGUGUAGAUUGAGGAACGUUUUCAAUUUAAUCCAUUUUAGAAUAAGGCUGUAACAUAACAGAAUGUGGAGAAAGUCAAGGGGUCUGAAUACUUUCCGAAUGCACUGUAUAAUAUUAAUAUAAUAUUGAGUAUAGUAAUAGUAUUAUAUUAAUAUAGUAUUGAAUAGUAUAUUAAUAGUAUUAUAUAUGAUAUUAAUAUAGUAUUGAAUAGAGUAUAGUAUUAUAUUGAAUGUUAAUAUAGUAUAGUAAUUGUAUUAUGUAUACUAUUAGUAUAGUAAUAGUAUUUUAACCCAGGUCUGAUUCUAACCCAUUCAUUCAUUAAAGGGAUUGUUUUUCCUUGCAGUGUCAUGGUCUGUCCAUAGAAGGAUUUGUUCUACCAUCUUCAACAACAAGGGAGGUAAGGCGGGCCUUCACAGCGCUCAUUAGAAAUUCCUCUAAUGUUGAGAAAUUAUGUACAAAAAAAGAUGAUGACUACUGAUCAUGCAUUGGAAUCCUUUUCUAUUCAGACAACUGUACUUCCUGACUUCAGAAUGUGUCUCUCUCCAACUCCCCCUCUCUCUCAUCCCACCUCGCCCCACCCCACCCCACCCCACCCCACCCCAGAUGACUAUAGAUGAGAUCAAGUUUGCUGUGCACGUGGAGACAGUGCUGAAUCGGGUGCCCCAGCCAGAGUACCGCCAGCUGCUGGUGGAGGCCAUCUUAGUUCUCACCAUGCUGGCAGACGUGGACAUAGACAGCGUGGGCAGCAUCAUCCACGUGGAGAAGAUCGUCCACAUCGCCAACGACAUGUUUUACCACGACCAGGUGGGUGGGCUCGCAUUUGUUUGUUCUACUAUGAACAGGUGGGUUCUGUUCUUUUUUCUACCAGCACUAGAUGUAUCUCUCUGUCUGUCUGUCUGUCUGUCUGUCUGUCUGUCUCUGUCUGUCUCUGUCUGUCUGUCUGUCUGUCUGUCUGUGUCAUUCAUUCAUUCAUUCAUUCAUUAAAGACCCUCCCUCCCCCCUCUACAGAAGGACUUGGGAGCAGAGGAGCACAUAUUAGAAAGGGACCCCUCCACAGGAGUUUGUCGCCUGCUGUACGACAGCGCCCCUAGUGGACGUUUUGGCAGUAUGACAUACCUCACCAAGGCUGUGGCUGUCUACGUACAGGACUUUCUGCCCAGCGGCGCCUGUGCCCUGCAGUAGACACACACACGUGCGGGCCGUGUCAGAAUACCCAUACUUGGUUCACAUUUAAUAGUAGGCUUUUUGGGUAUGUGAAAAUAUAACAUUUUAUAUUAUUAGACAUUUUGAAUAUUUGGAGUAUCUUUUAAAUGCCAGCAUGUCAUACUCAUUUUGGCCUUUCAUCUAGUAGAAUUCACUGCACACUAUUGAGGAAGAGAAGUGUCUUUUCACACCCACUUGUUUGACAACAGCUGAAAAUCAGAAUAGGGGAUGUGCUCUCCAAAAAUGAACGAAUGGCGGAACAAGCCCUAUUGCGCAUUAGAUAAGCAGUAUGUUGAUAUUUGUUGCUCACUGCAUACGUUUUUACUAAACAGUACUUCUGAAUA